UCACUUUAUAUUUACUUAUCGAUAGACUAUUCUUAUAACACUCUGAUAGAUAGAUCGCAAACACUUAUUUCUCUCUCUCUUUAUUUUUCUAUUUUUAUCGCAUCCUAUUGACAUUUUAUUCAAACUUAUUCAAACAUUUUUUAUCUGAUUUUACUAUUCGCUAUUCAACAGACUAUAGUCGAGUCUUAUUUCUUAUUUACUUUAUUUCAAUUGCAUCUUGAAACAAUCUGUACAAGUUACUCUUUUUGCUGGUUUAGUGUUCAUUACUUUUAAGUAGGUACCCUUAGUAUCUCACCAGUAGAAUAGGUAACUUUUUGACAUCUUAUUACUCUUAUUACUUUUCAACAACUAUUACUCAAUUCAAUACUCUAAAAAUUCACCUACCCGUACUACUUAUGCACAACUUCACUAUACUACCUCACGAUUUAAAUUUCUGUUACCCUACAAAUUAUUUCAUACCACUACGCAACACCUUCCAUCAAAAAUGAAGUUUUUUUCCUCACAUCUAGUUGCCGGAGAGCGGAUUCUCGUCGUGGGCCGCCAUCAGAUGCAGACCAGAUUCGAGCAAUGCAGGUGGUAGAGGCGCCACCACACCGAUCCAGGGGUCGCAGGAGAUGGGUGGACCCUGCCGACCUCGGGUGGCUCGACCCCGCCACACCAAGCUGCUCGUCUUCUAGUCGAUUUUGUCUCUCUUCUACGUCAAAACCGGGAGCGGAUAAAACUGCAUCAAAACCGGAUGAAGACCACAGCAGCGUAGCUGCAACAACUUCAACGACGGAGGAGGCUUGCGGUGCUUCAGAAGAUGGAGUCGUGUUUCAGAACUCUCAUUUCCGGAGCUCCGCUGGUCUACUCUCCACGACCAGAAUAGAAGAUGAUACGUCGAAACGGAGGAAAAAACGCAAAAGCUACUCCAGUUACUACGACAACGAUACCGCGGGGCGGAGUAGAAGAGAAGAAACUUAUUUUGCGAAACAAAAUUUCUCUUUCGUCGAACUCGUCUGGUGUUACUUCUUCGCCUUCGUGUCUUUCCUGCAGCGGAUCUGUUGGCAGCUUUUUCGCCGCAUAAGGAGAGCAGAGAACGAAGAAAACCAACAACAACGGCAAAAUAAAUCCACGGCUUCUGUUAUUGGCAGUGACAGAGACCGUGUCGAUGCUAGUUGUGAUAACGACGACGAAGGAUCAUCAUCAUCUCUCCACCAAACGGCAACAAAUGGAACAAACGGCCACAUCAGACGGGCGUCGCUCUCCUGGCGAAAGCCGCUCGUUGUGUCGCCUACUUGUUCCACUUCAAGUAUAAUUCAGAGGAACAGAAUAAGGCGCCGGAGAAAAUCGAGAAUACGUCGGGUGAAGAGGAUGGCGAGUUCUUUAUCACAGCUUCGGAGGCGGAGUCUCGUGCCGCCACGGAGUUGUAGUGCUGAAGAGAUGUUCGCAGUAGAGGAAAACAAUAUCACAACACCGACAUUAUACCAGCACACGAACCACAAAAGGAUAAAACGGAAAAUGAAGACCACUAGUAGUCCACCAGCAACUUCUUCGAAACAGACCGUCCUGAUGCGGAUCGUUGCGUUCUUUUCGCUCCUGACGGAAAUCGCGCAGGCCUUUGUGCUUGUGUCCAACACGGGUGCGAUCACGCUCCUAGGUCCGAUCGAUAUCGAUCCGCAGGGGCAGUCGAUCGACAACAAAUCUGCCCAAGCCGGGAUCCGGUUCCGCUACGACGGGAUCCGGGAGUGGAACAUGCACAUGCAGGAGUGGUUCGACAACCGCGAGGCGUUUCUGAUCUCGAAGGAGAUCUUUAUACAGGCCAGCGGGGAAACGGAAGGUCCGGUCUUGCAGGAGUACAAAACACUCAUGGCGCUGACAAGGGAUCCGAAGGAGGUCUACGUCGUGUCGUCCGCAAAUGUCGAGGGUGCUGCGAUCUUCGGACAGACGCUCUCCGUGACCGAGCAGUCGUACUUGAUGGGGAUGCGCACGAGUAUUGGUUCCACCCAACCAAUAGAAGACCCGGCGCACACCGUGGUCAAUUCGAAGAUGAGCAUCGGAAACGACGUGCGUAUCGGGUCAGACCUGAGCAUCUCCGGCGACGUAUUUACUGAAUUUUGGUUUUUCAUAAAUUCGAGUUCUCGAAGAUUGUGUGGCAGUUUUGACGCGAACUACAGACUGUCUUCGUCGUAUGAAAUCGAAGUAUAGAUGAAUCCAAUCUGUAGUUCUAUGCACACAUCUCAUACAUUUUCCCAAAAUCGAAACCCCGAAAAAUACACAGGUGAAACUGGGUGAGGCCACCUCCAUCCAGUCGCGCGCGUACCCGCCGCUCGGUACGAUCCCUAUCACGGAGCCGAUCUACCUGCCGCAGGACUACAUCACGCUCAAAAGGAACAACGCCCUGAAGCGGUUCUGGUCCUACCUGUCCGUCGCGCAGAUGGGCUACUUCGGGAACCAGCUGUCGGUCCGGUAUUUUGCCGGAUUCGGGGAGAAGCUCUCGGUCUACGACUUCAUCUCCUUCCGAUCAGCGGUGUCGUUGCGAUCCUUCGCCAGGCUAGGGAGCACCUUAUCCUUGACCGGGUUCGGUCGGUUCGGCGAGUCCGUGUCCGUUCUCGGGUGCGCGCACCUGGGUAGCUCGCUCUCCUUAGGCAGACCAGGGCCACUACCCGUGGACCAGUUCAACCGGCCCUACUACCCGUUUGUGAGACUAGGAACUUCGUUGUCAGUCUACAUGAAGACGAUUUUGGGUUCCUGCCAGUCGGUGCUGAACUGCGUGGAUUUCUCCUCCACGUUGUCCAUCCGGAUGUGCUCGAAGCUGGGUUCUGGGCUUUCCGUCUACGGCGUGCAGCGGUACGGGAGUAGUUUGUCGGUGUUGGACUACCUCUUCCUCGGGUCGAGCUACAGUAUCAGAACCUUGUCCCGGUUCGGGUCCGGGGUAUCCGUGUACGGCAUGACGAGGUUGGGGAGCUCUUUGAGUAUCAUGGACUACUGCCAGCUCGGGUCGACUUUGUCGGUGAGAACGAUGGGCAGAUUAGGGUCAACCUUUUCCGUCUUCGGGAUCACGAGGAUCGGGUCGAUGCUGUCUUUACUCGACUACCUGAACAUGGCGUCCUCCCUGUCCCUCCGCUCCUUCGGCCGCCUGGGGUCCGCGAUGUCGAUCUUCGGCAUGAACCGAAUGGGAUCCGGGUACUCAGUGUUGGAUUUCGUCCUGAUCGGGUCCAGUUUGUCGUUGAGAAAGAUAGGCCGGUGCGGAAGCAGCAUGAGUGUGUACGGGCUGGGCAAACUCGGCUCCGGGUGCAGUAUCCUCGACCACAUCGCGCUCGGCAGUGCGAUCAGCUUACGGUCGUUCUCGCGGCUCGGAAGCAGCCUGUCCGUGUUCCGGAUUUGCACGAUGGCGUCGAAUCUGUCGAUACUGGAUCUGGUGUCCAUCGGCACCGCGGUCUCCUUGCGGUACUUCGCGCGCCUCGGGUCCGCCUUGUCAGUGUACGGGACGGUCAGAUUAGGGUCGAACCUGACCAUGCUGGACUUCAUGGGAUUGGGCUCCUCCCUCUCCCUCCGCGCGACGUGCCGGUUGGGCAGUUCCCUGUCGAUCUACGGCUUCACGAGGCUAGGGUCGAUCUGCUCCGCGUUGGACUACUACCAUCUCGGGUCGUCGAUCUCAAUUAGGCGGUACACGCGGAUGGGAAGCAGCAUUUCGGUCUACGGGUUGGCGCGAGUCGGGUCAACGUUGUCGAUUUUAGAUCAGGGCAACAUGGGUAGUUCGAUGUCUCUCCGCACCUUCUUCCGCGCGGGGAGUACGUGCUCGGUCUUCGGGAACACGCGGAUGGGCUCCUACCUCUCCGUCGGCCAGCAGGGCUACUACGGAUCGAGCGUGUCGGUGCAAUCCUUCAAGAGACUCGGGUCCGCUCUGUCCGCCUUCGGGUGCGCCAGGUUCGGGAGCAGUCUGUCCGCGCUGGAUUUCGUGACGAUGGGAAGUUCUUUGUCGUUGCGGUCCUACAGCCGGUUCGGGUCCACGUUCUCCGUGUACGGAAUGACGAGGUUAGGAUCGCUGGUUUCCCUGAUCGACUUCACGCACUUGGGGUCCUCCGUGUCGCUGAACCGGUACUGCCGGGUUGGGUCGACAUUAUCCCUCUACGGGAUCUCCCACCUCGGCAGCAGCCUGUCUCUACUCGACUGCUCGCAUUUCGGGUCCGCGCUGUCGUUGCGAAAUUUCGCGCGGCUCGGGAGUUGUCUCUCCUUGUACGGCGCGGCGCGACUGGGAAGCUCGAUUUCCGUGUUGGACUUCGUGCACUUUGGGUCCAGUUUGUCGACCAGAACACUGGCGAGGUUAGGCUCCAGUCUGUCCGUCUACGGGUGCACGCGGUUAGGAUCUUGUUUGUCGCUUCUAGACAUGGCGCACAUAGGAUCUACGACGUCAUUGAGGAGUUUCGUUCGGAUCGGAUCCUCGAUCUCCAUCUACGGGAUUGCGAGGUUGGGGUCCAGUGUUUCCGUCCUCGACGCGGUGUUUUUAGCCAAUCACUUCUCGACGCAAGACAUGUGCAUGGGUUUGUCGAUCCGGAAUUUAGUGCGGAUGGGCAGUGCGAUGAGCUGCUACGGGAUUCAGCACAUCGGAAGUUCCUGCUCCGUGCUGGACUCGCUGCACAUGGGAAGUUCGCUUUCCAUGCGUGCGUACGCGCGACUCGGCCAUUCCGUCUCCGUGUACGGCAUGUCGCGGUACGGCUCCGCGAUGUCGAUCCUGGACUUCACGCACUUCGGCAGCAGCUUCAGUUGCAGAGGACUGGCGAGGUUGGGGUCUAGUCUGUCCGUGUUCGGCGUCAGCAGGAUGGGUUCGUCCAUGAGUGUCUUGGACGCCGUCGCGGUCGGCAGUUCCAUGUCGUUGCGCUGCCAGAUGCGGUUGGGGUCGGCUUUGUCCGUGUUCGGGAUUGCGCGGCUCGGAUCCAGCUUAUCUUUACUAGACGCGGCGAUCUGCGCCAGUACGUGCAGCGUGCGGACGUUCUCCCGGCUGGGGAGCUCGCUCUCCGUGUACGGCAUGGCGAGAUUCGGUAGUGCGAUGUCGGUGCUGAAUUUCGUGGAGAUGGGGUCCGGGUUUUCCGUCCGGAACUUUGUCCGGUGCGGCUCCGCGCUCUCCGUGUACGGAAUGACGAGACUAGGUUCCGCGAUCUCGGUUUUGGACCAGGCGUACCUCUGCUCCUCCAUGUCGCUGCGGGGCUUUAGUCGCACCUGCCGGUCCAUGUCGCUGUACGGCAUCUCGCGGUGCGGAAGCAGCAUGUCCGUGUUAGACGCGCUCUACAUGGGGUCCAGCUACUCUUUGCGGUCGUUUAGCAGGCUCGGGUCGACUCUGUCCUUGUACAGCCUGUCGCGGAUGUCGAGUUCCAUGAGUGUGUUAGACGUGCUUAUGAUGUCCUCAGCGCUCUCAAUCCGGAACAUGGCGAGAAUAGGCAGCAGCUUCUCCGUGUACGGUUUUUUCCGCAUCGGGUCGCAACUGUCGGUACUGGACUUCGUGCACGUAGGGAGCAGCAUUUCCAUCCGGAAAGCGGCAAGAUGUGGGAGUUCUCUCUCCAUGUUCGGCAUGGCGCGACUAGGGUCAACACUCUCCCUGCUCGACUGCGUCAGCAUGGGGAGUGGGUUGUCCGUCCGAGGUUUGUGCCGAUACGGAUCCGCAUUGUCCUGCUACGGAACGGCUAAAUUAGGUUACAGUUUAUCGCUACUGGAUCACCUACACUUAGGCCAGGAGUUUUCCGCGCGGAGCUACAGUCGCAUGGGAUCGGUCUACAGCAUCUACGGAAUGACGAGACUAGGAUUGCAGAUGUCGCAACUCGACUACAUCACCAUCGGGUCUUCCGUCAGUCUUCGGUCCUUCUUCCGCAUGGGCAGCGCCAUGAUGUUCUCGCUCUACGGUGUCGCGAGAUGCGGUUCGAGCUUGUCCGUUCUCGAUCUGGUCCAAGCGGGGUCUUCGAUGUCGCUCCGGCAGUUUUUCCGGUGCGGAUCCGCGAUGAGCUGCUACUAUUUGGCCAGGAUUGGAAAGGAACUGUCGGUCCUCGACUCCGUGCACCUCGGGAGCUCGCUGUCCGUAAGGUGCUUCUCUCGCUUCGGCAGUGCCAUUUCAGUGUCUGGGCAAAUGCGAUUCGGCAGUUGCUUGUCGAUCCUGGACUUUUACAACGUCGGAAGCAGCUUUUCCACCCGCGGGUUUCUGAGACUAGGCUCUGCGAUCUCGCUGUACGGAGUGGCGCGGCUCGGGUCCAGCAUGUCGGCUUUGGACCACUUCAGUUUAGGUAGCGCAUUGUCCCUGCGAAGCUUCUCGCGGCUGGGGAGUUCGUUGUCCGUGUUUGGGUUCAGCUCGAUCGGCAGCAGCUGUUCCGUGCUGGACUACUUGGCACUAGGGCAGAUAAGACCGCGGAGUUUCACCCGACUGGGGUCCACCGUGAGCAUGUACGGCAUCGGGGCGAUGAAAUCCCAGAUUUCCGUGCUGGACUUCUUGCAGAUUGGCAGCUCCUUCUCCUUAAGGUCUGUCGCGAGGCUGGGGAGCUCUUUAUCCCUGUUCGGGUUCACGAAACUCGGUUCAAGUGUCUCCGUCGUCGACUGGAUCCACUUCGGCUCCGCGCUGUCACUGCGAACGUACAGCAGAUUGGGCUCAACCGUUUCCGUCUUCGGCAUGACGAUGUGCGGCUCGGGAUUGUCCGUUUUAGACGCCGUGUGGCUGAGCAGCUCUUUAUCCCUGCGGACCUUCGCACGGAUGGCUAGCUCUUUGUCCAUCUACGGCGCCUCGAGACUGGGCAGCUCGUUCUCGAUCCUGGAUACGAUCUCCUGCGGGUCCAGCAUGUCUAUGCGGAGUAUUGCCCGGUUAGGAUCAUCCUUAUCCUUCUUCGGCAUCAGUCACCUCGGGUCGGCCUUUUCGCUCUGCGAUUACUUCACGUUAGGGUCAACCCUUUCCGUCAGAACGCUAGCGCGAUUGGGUUCCGGAACCAGUAUCUACGGGUUCGUGAAGCUCGGUUCAUCCGUCUCGAUGCUCGACUACGUGCUGUUCGGAUCGUCUUUGUCCCUCCGAGGCUUCUCCCGAUUCGGCUCCGCGCUGUCCGUCUACGGCAUCAGCAGAUUGGGCUCGACGUUGUCUAUGGUCGACUACGUGUGCAUGGGAAGUUCCAUCUCAUUGAAAGCGUUUGGCCGACUAGGCUCUAUGCUCUCCGUCUACGGAACGACCAGAAUUGGUUCCAGUUUGUCCAUCCUGGCCUUCAUCAGCAUCGGAUCGUCGUUAUCAGCCCGUGGGUUUUUGCGGUUAGGGAGCUCCUUCUCCAGCUACGGGUUCGCGCGAAUGGGAUCCUCCUGUUCCGUGCUGGACUUCGUGCAGUUCGGAUCCAGCUUUUCCGUCGCGAGCUUUUCCAGGUUGGGGAAAUCCUGUCUCUCCCUGUACGGAACGGCGAGGUUCGGCUCCGCACUUUCCGUGUUGGAUUACGUGAGCUUCGGUUCUUCGAUUUCGCUCCGAAGAAUCGGCCGCAUGGGGUCCGCGCUGUCGAUCUACGGGUUCACGAAGCUGGGGUCAAGUUUGUCCGUUUUAGACCUUCUCCACCUCGGGUCCUGCACGUCCGUCCGAUCGUUCAUGCGGCUCGGAUCCGCGAUGUCGGCGUACGGGUGCGCGCGGCUCGGGUCCGCGUUCUCGCUGCUGAACUUCAUCCACUUCGGGUCCUGUAUGUCCGUCCGCUCCUUCACCCGUUACGGUUCUUCCUUUUCCGUGUUCGGGUUCGGAAAGCUCGGAUCCGCGAUGUCGCUGGCGCAGUGGUGCACGUUCGGGUCGUCGAUUUCUGUACGGAGCUUUGGCCGCGUCGGUUGCGACGGUUUCUUCGCGAACUUCCAGAUCGCGAAGUCGCUCUCGUUUUUCGGAACGAGCAGGCUGGGAAGUAGUAUCUCCGUGCUGGACUUCAUGAAUCUCGGUUCUUCCCUGUCCCUCCGGACGUACGGGCGAGCGGGCGGCUACGCGUCGGUGUACGGCAUCGCGAAACUGGGAUCCAGUUUGUCCGCGUUGGACUUCAUCGAGUGCGGGAGCACUUUGUCCAUGCGGAGUUACUCGUGGUUCGGAUCCACGAUGAGCGUUUUCGGCGCGGUGAUGCUGACCUCGAGUCUGUCGCUCCGUGGGUGCACGAGAUUCGGAUCUUCGUUUUCUGUGUUCGGGAUGGAACGACUCGGGUCUUCUGCCUCGAUGCUAGACUUCGUUUCCUUCGGGUCCAGCAUCUCGAUCCGGAUGGCGACGAGGUUGGGCUCGUCUGUGUCCGUCUACGGAUUUCUACGCCUCGGUUCCCAGAUGUCCGCGCUCGGCAGCUGCGUGUUCGCAUCGUCCCUAUCUCUCCGUUCCUUUGCGCGGAUGGGAAGUAGCUGCAGUGUGUACGGCUGCACGAAGCUCGGGAGCUGCGUUUCUGUACUGGCGUUUGCAAGUCUGGGGAGUACGUUUUCCACGCGGUACUUCUACCGGAUCGGCUCGAGUUGCAGUGUGUACGGCGUCGCGCGAUUGGGGUCUGCGGUUUCCGCUUUGGAGUUCUCCUCCUUGGCUUCCUCGCUGUCCGUCAGAUCCUUCUCGAGAUUGGGCAGUUCUCUGUCCAUCUUCGGGGUAAUGCGGUGCGGCAGCACGAUGUCGAUCCUGGACUUCAUGAACUUCAGCAGCGCACUGUCGGUAAGGACGAGCAUGCGAUUUGGCAGCAGUUUGUCGCUGUACGGGAUCAACACGAUGGGGAUGAGCGCGUCGGUGUUGGAUCUGUUCCAACUCUCCAGUUGCAUGUCCAUUCGCAACUACUGCAGGUUGGGCUCCUCCCUAUCCGUCUACGGCUUCACGAGAUUCGGGUCCGCGUUUUCCAUCAUCGACCAUUUGUCAAUCGGUAGCAGUAUGAGUCUGCGCUACUGCUUCCGGAUGGGAUCGAGCUUGAGCGUCUACGGGAUCAACAGAUUGGGCUCGUUAACCUCCCUCCUCGACGCCACCGUUCUCGGGUCUGCGUUUUCUGUCCGAUCGUUUUUCCGGUUAGGAAGCGUGGUUUCGUUAUACGGGUUAGCCAAGCUGGGGUCGAAUCUGUCGACGUUGGACAAUUUACUACUCGGGAGUAGUUUAUCCCUGCGGGGCUUCUGCCGAGUCGGCUCCGUUCUGUCCAUCUACGGGAUGUGCCGACUCGGGUCGCACUUCUCCGUUUUGGACGCGAUAACCCUCGGGUCGUCGGUUUCCCUCCGGUCCAUGGCGAGGUUGGGGAGCACGCACAGCUUGUACGGCAUGGUGCGAAUCGGAUCCAGCUUCUCGAUCUGCGACACCUGUGCGCAUUCAUCUUCCCUCUCGGUGCGGAUGUUCGCGAGGAUCGGGUCGAGUUUAUCCAUGUUCGGGCUGGUCCGACUCGGGUCGCGGAUGUCAGUUUUAGACGCGGCGAGCUACGGGAGCGGACUGUCGAUGCGAAGUUUGGUCCGGAUGGGCUCCUCCUUUUCCGUUUACGCCAUGCAGCAGAUCACGUCGAGCAUCUCCGUUCUGGACAUGCUGAGCCUCGGUUCCGGAUUGUCCAUGCGGAACUUCAACCGGUUUGGAAGUAGUCUCUCCGUCUACGGCUUGGCGAGGUCUGGGUCCACGAUCUCGCUCCUGGACUUCAUCGUGUGCGCUAGUAGCUACAGUCUAAGGUCGUUCGCGAGAUUAGGGUCGACGGUGUCGAUCUUCGGCGUUGCGAGACUAGGGUCCGCCAUGAGCAGUCUGGACUUUUCCUGGUUCAGCUCGGCGGUCAGCCUGCGGUCGUUUGUCCGACUGGGCUCCAGCAUGUCCGUGUUCGGGAUUUCCACAUUAGGGUCGAGUCUGUCCGUUCUGGACGUGCUGCAGUUGGGCAGCUCAUUGUCCGUCCGCGGGUUCUACCGAGCGGGAUCCAGUCUUUCCGUGUUUGGGGUUUCGAAAUUAGGGAUGAACGUGUCGAUCUUGGAUUUACUCUCCCUAGGCUCCACGGUCUCCCUCCGGUCCUGCUGCGCGAGAUUCGGAAGCAGUCUGUCGGUGUACGGGAUUGGCCGGAUGGGGAGCAGUGUCUCGUUGCUGGACUACUUAUACAUCGGGAGUUCUUUAUCGCUCCGUACCUACGGGCGGUUCGAGCAAUCUUUGUCCGUCUUCGGGAUCGCGCGAAUCGGGUCCGGGAUGUCGAUUUUGGACUGCGUCAGCCUGGGCUCCAGUUUUUCCAUCCGCGGUCUGUGCCGCCUGGGCAGCACGAUGUCGACCUACGGGUGCAGCCGGCUGGGAAGCAGCAUGUCGCUGUUCGACUACUUCACGAUCGGCUCCCAACUGUCGUUGCGAAGCUACAGCCGACUCGGGAGCACCUGCUCGGUGUACGGACUGACGAAAAUCGCGUCGGUUUUGUCGAUUCUGGACAUGUUCCACAUCGGCUCGUCGAUCUCUUUGCGAGGGUUUAUUCGGAUGGGCAGCGCAGUUUCUGUGUACGGGCUCGCGAGGCUGGGAUCGUCUCUUUCUAUUCUCGACUACGUGUCCCUCGGCAGCACGAUGAGCGUGCGGAUGUUCGCGAGGAUGGGCAGUUCAUUAUCCCUCUUCGGCAUUUCCCGGUUCGCCAGCAGCUUCUCCGUCAUGGACUACUGCGUUCUCGGUUCGGCUUUGUCAGUCCGGAGCUUUAUGCGCAUGGGAUCGACGAUGUCCGUGUACGGUUGCCACAGGUUCGGAUCAGCGCUUUCCGUGUUGGACUUCGUGACUUUUGGGUCGUCCUAUUCGCUACGGUCUCUGCAGGCGCUCGGAAGCUCGUUGUCGAUCUACGGGUUGUCGCUCUUCGGGUCGAGUUUGAGCGUUCUGGAUUUCGCGGUGUUAUCCUCCGGUCUGUCGAUCCGAAAGCUGUGCAAGAUGAGCAGCUCUCUAUCCGUGUACGGGAUCAGCCGACUCGGGUCGCAGUUCUCGCUGCUCGACACGAUCAGCUGCGGGUCCGCGAUCUCCGUCCGCGCAUUCAACCGGUUGGGAAGCAGCACCUCCUGCUACGGCCUCAUGCAGAUGGGAAGCAGUUUGAGCGUCCUCGAUUACCUCUUCGUCGGCAGUAGCUACAGUCUGCGGAGCUUCGCGCGCAUGGGAAGUACUUUUUCCAUCUACGGGCUGUGCAAGCUCGGGUCGCAGGUGUCCGUUUUGGAUUUUCUGUCCUUAGGGAAAUCCUUGUCGAUCAGGAGUACUCUGCGGAUGGGAUCUUCUUUGUCCCUCUACGGGAUGAGCCGGUUCGGAUCUGCCAUGUCCGUAAUCGACGCGAUCCACUUUGGGAGUUGCAUGUCCCUCCGGUCUUUCGCGAGAUUGGGUUGUGAGAUGUCGAUUUACCAAACCAUGACGCUCGGAUCUUCCUUGUCCCUCCUGGACCACGUCCACUUCGGGUCCAUGUUGUCGAUGCGAACGUUCGCACGGUUUGGGUCCAGUAUUUCCGUCUACGGGCUGACCCGGAUGUCGUCGGCGAUUAGUAUUGUCGAUUUCGUCCACUUCGGAAGUUCCAUGUCGUUGAGAAGCUACAUGAAGGCCGGAUCUACGAUCAGCGUGUUCGGCACGGCGAGACUGUCCAGUUGCUUGUCCGUGUUGGAUUACGUUUCCUUCGGUUCCAGCCUUUCCGUCCGGCACUUUGCGAGAAUCGGCGCGGCGUAUUCCAUUCACAACAACGCCGCGAGCAGGCACCAACGGGGCAACGUCGCGUUAUCUCUGUACGGGAUGGCGAGGCUGGGGUCGUGUUUAUCCUGCUUGGAUUUUGCGACUUUUGGGUCUUCUGUCUCGUUAAGGUCCUUCUUCCGCGUCGGCAGCUCGGCUAGUUGCUACAAAUGCGCUCGAUUGGGGUCCUGCCUGUCGAUUUUGGACUUCGGCGUCGGUGCGAAUGAACUGUCCGUUCGGAAGUUUUUCCGGUUAGGCUCGGCUUUGUCCAACUACGGGCUCGUGCAGCUCGCGUCCAGCCUGUCCGUGAUGUCGUUCUGUCAGAUGGGAUCGAGCUUAACGCUGCGGUCUUUUGUCAGACUGGGUUCUUCCUUCUCAGCCUACGGGGUCGCAACCAUCGGAAAGAGUCUCUCCGUGUUGGACUUCGUGAAUCUCGGCCGAGGGAUGUUCCCGACAAGACUCGGUGGCGGACCUCUCACGGGAAAACUGUCGAUCACCGACUUCAUUCAGUCGGGCGUCGCGUCGCUUUCCGGCGGGACUUUAAACGACAUCAUUUUCCCGGACCCGAUCGGGGGGACGGCGACCGACGGUGUCGCGGUGUCUGGGAACGGGCAGUUUGAGGUGACUUUUGACCUACGGGAUCAGCACCCGUUUGGGUUCGAAGUGACCGGCGCGGACACGGACUACAUCCAGAACUACUUCCAAGCGUAUUAUACACACGAUUUCGCGGUGACAAGCGCGACAGUGUGGAAUCGGAUUGAAACCUUCCACACCGGCACGGUGACCUUCGGCGAGGCGAUCGAGAACCCCCGGUACGUGAUGGCGUACUUCCCAUCCACCAUUCUCGCGAACAACCAGAACGGUUUCCACUUCCAGUUCCGCGGGAAUGUGCGGGGCGGCGGCGCGAGAGUCCGGCAGUUCACCAGGAUGGGGUCGAGUUUAUCGCUGUACGGGCUGGCGAGGUUAUCGAAAUUCCACCCGUGCUCCGUGUUGGAUUCCUGCUACAUCGGGUCGGCGCUGUCCUUACGCGGUUACGCGCGAAUGGGAUCAACUCUGUCCAUCUUCGGCGGCGCGAGGUUGGCGCAAAGGCACUUCGACUGCAGGGACCCAAACCGGUGUUUAUCCACCUUGGACUUCUUCCAGGUCGGGAGUUGCUUGUCAUUACGGAUGUUUGCAAGGAUCGGGUCUUCUAUCUCCGUCUUCGGAAUGCAACGACUGGGCUCCUUCGUCUCCGUCGUCGAUUUCAACUCGCUCGGGUCGACCAUAUCGCUCCGGACGUUCGGAAGGUUAGGAUCCACCUGCUCCUUCUACGGCAUGGGCAGGAUCGGGAGUUCCUUGUCGGUGUUGGACUUCACGCAUCUCGCGUCGAGUUUCUCUUUGCGGUCGAUGGCGCGGUUGGGCAGCUCGAUCUCCGUGUUCGGAAUGGCGAGGAUGGGCAGCAGCUUAUCCGUCUUGGAUUUACUGACUUUGUCCUCCACCUGCUCCGUCCGCGGGUUCGCCAGACUCGGCAGCUGCGUGUCCAUCUGGGGCAUUUCCAAGCUCGGGUCCGCGUUGUCGAUCUUGGACUUCGUGAACAUGGGCUCCGCGUUCAGCACCAGAACGUUCUCCAGACUGGGGAGUAGCUGCAGCCUCUACGGGCAGAUCCGGCUGGGUUCGAUGUUGUCCACCUUGGACUUUUCCCAGGUCGGGUCGAACAUUUCCACGCGGUACUUCUGCCGACUGGGAAGCUCCAUGUCCGUCUACGGGAUCGGGAAAGUGUCGAGUUGUUUGUCCAUUCUCGACUACGUGCAACUCGGCUCUUCCUUCUCCUUCCGCAGGUUCGCGCGACUGGGAUCCUCCAUGUCUUGCUACGGCAUGGCGCGAGUGGGGUCCGCUUUGUCCGCCUUGGACUUCAACAGCUUCGGGUCGGUUUUAUCCACGAGAAACUUCUUGCGGAUCGGAAGUUCCCUCUCCGUGUUCGGGCUGAACCGGCUCGCGAGUAACCUGUCGUUGUUGGAUUUCCUCGGCGUGGGAAGCACCAUGUCGGUGCGGAACUACUGCCGAGUUGGAUCAACGUUGUCCGUGUACGGAAUGGCGCGGAUUGGCACAAUGCUCUCCCUAAUCGACAUGCUGGCGCUUGGAUCUUCCAUGUCCGUGCGCAGUUUCGUCAGACUGGGGAGCAGCUGCUCGGUGUACGGGAUUCGGGGACUCGGGUCGAACAUCUCAGUUUUGGAUAUCCUCCACAUGGGCAGCUCCAUCUCGGUCCGCAGCUUCGCACGAUUCGGGAGCUCCUUCUCGGUGUAUGGUGCGACGUUAUUGGGAAGCAGAUUGUCCGUGCUCGACACACUGCAGUUGGGUAGUUGCAUGUCUUUGCGGAACUUCCUCCGGAUCGGGAGCAGUCUGUCCGUGUUUGGGUUACUCCGGCUCGGAUCGUCGUUUUCCAUCCUGGACUGCACGCACAUCGGCAGCAGUUUGUCCGUCCGGAACUUCUCCCGGAUCGGCAGUUGCUUGUCCGUCUACGGUCUGUCCAAGUUCGGCAGCUGUUUGUCCGUGCUGGAUUUCCUGCACGUCGGCAGCAUGAUGUCGUGCAGAGCCUGGUCCCGAGUCGGUAGCACGAUUUCCGUGUUCGGCGCGGUAUCAUUAUCUUCCCAGUGCUCGGUUCUGGACUACCUGCAGAUCGGCUCGUCGAUUUCCAUGCGGAACUUUUACCGGUUAGGCUCCAGCUUAUCCGUGUACGGGAUAAUCCACACGGCGUCCUCCAUGUCGGUACUAGACUGGCUGCAGCUCGGCUCCAGCUUCAGUCUGCGCAACAUGCUGCGACUCGGCAGCGGGCUGAGCGUAUACGGAAUCACGCGGUUGAGCUCGAAUCUGUCGCUGAUUGACACCAUUCAACUCGGAUCCUGUCUUUCCGUCCGGAACUUCUUCCGAUUGAGCUCCACUUGCAGCAUGUUCGGAAUGACGAGAUUGGGUAGCAACUUGUCCGUGUUAGACGAGAUCCAGAUCGGCAGUUCCUUCUCCGUUCGGAACUUCGCCCGGAUGGGAAGUUCGCUCUCGGUUUACGGCAUGGUGAAAAUGGGCUCCGCGACCUCCAUGAUCGACUUCUUGAGUCUUUCCUCCACGAUCAGCGUCAGAACCUACGCACGGUGCGGCUCGUCUUUGUCGAUUUACGGCGCGGUGAAAUUAGGGUCGUCUGUCUCGUUAAUCGACUACUUCUGGCUGGGGUCGAAUCUCUCCGUCAGGAACUUCGCCCGCCUCGGUAGUUCGAUGAGCGUCUAUGGGAUGCAGCGGAUGGGAUCGAAUAUCUCGGUGUUGGACAUGUUGGAGCUGGGGUCCAGUAUCAGCGUCAGGUACUACGCGAGACUUGGCUCCUCCAUGUCAAUUUACGGGAUGAACCGGAUCGGGUCGGUGGUCUCUGUGUUGGACCUGAUGCACUUAGGUUCUUCCGUUUCCAUGCGGUACUUCCUACGGCUCGGGUCCAGCACGUCCGUGUUCGGGUUGACGAGGUUAGGGUCAAAUUUGUCAAUUCUGGACGUGCUCGAGCUCGGCUCCAGCUUGUCCUUCCGGAACUACGCGCGACUCGGGUCCACUUGCAGCGUGUACGGCAUGACAAGGCUGGGAUCGUCGUUAUCUUUGCUGGACCUUUUACAUUGCGGCUCGUGCGUCUCCAUGCGGUACUUCUCGAGGCUGUCCAGCGGAGCGAGUGUCUACGGAAUCUCGAAGUUGGGCUCCUCCAUGUCGAUCCUGGACAUCUGCCAUUUAGGCAGCACAUUGUCCGUCAGGUCCUACAUGCGACUCUCUUCCACCGUCUCCGUGUACGGGAUGAGCAGACUCGGGUCCGCGGUGUCCGUCCUCGACUUUUGCCAGCUGGGGUCAACGUUAUCCACCCGAUCCUUCGCCAGGUUGGGGAGUACGAUCAGCGUGUUCGGCGCGACGAGACUCGGAUCCGCGCUGUCAACAUUGGACUACGUCCAGAUGGGCAGCUGCAUCUCCGUCCGGAACUUCUGCCGGGUUGGAAGCGCAAUGAGCAUCUACGGGAUGACGAGACUCGGGUCGAACUGCAGUUUAAUCGAUUUCAUCCAGUUCGGAUCCACGAUUUCGGUAAGAUCCUACACGCGACUGGGGUCCACUUUGUCCAUGUACGGAAUCAGCAAAGUGGGAAGUUGCUUGUCGGUGCUGGAUCUGCUGGAAUUAGGGUCAGCGAUCUCCGUCCGGAACUUUUCCCGGCUUGGCUCUAGUGUUAGUCUCUACGGAAUGUUCCGACUGGGCAGCGGGAUUUCCGUCUUAGAUAGCACCUACCUCGGGUCGUGCCUGUCGCUGCGGAGUUACUUGCGUCUCGGGAGUGGCGUGUCGAUCAUUUCCCGUGUGGACCAGACCUACAGCUUCUCCGUGUUGGAUUUCACGGAUAUCGGGUCAAGUUUGUCCGUCCGAAACUACCUCCGCAUCGGGUCGACGUUGUCCAUGAUUGAAAAGGUGCGGCUCGGGCACCAUCUGAGCGUUUUGGAUUCCGCGCAGUUGGGCAGUUCUCUGUCGCUAAGACACUGCUGCCGGCUUGGGAGUAGCUUUUCCGUCUACGGAAUGUACACAUUGGGGUCGAGUAUCUCGAUUUUGGACAUUUUACCAUUGGGCUCCACCUUGUCCAUGAGAUCCUACACGCGCCUCGGGUCCGCGCAUUCUGUCUACGGCAUGACGCUGUUGGGCAGUACGUUGAGUGUGUUGGACAUCCUCCACUGCGGCAGCAAUUUGUCCCUCCGGAGCAUGAUCCGACUGGGGUCGGCGAUUUCCGUCUUGCAAUGGGCGAGAAUGGGGUCGAACGUCUCUUUACUCGAUACGCUCCAGCUCGGGUCGAGUCUGUCCCUUCGGUCCUACGUCCGGUUCGGCAGCACGAUCUCGCUGUACGGGAUUGCGAGACUCGGGUCUAGUUCCUCGAUAUUGGACUUCAUCAACCAGGGAUCGACGUUGUCCCUCCGUUGUUACAAGCGACUGGGCUCUGUGGUCUCCGUGAUGAAUUGGUGCCGCGUGGGGACGACGAUUAGCUUGCUGGAUUUCGUCGGGCUGGGGAGUUCUUUGUCCGUCCGGAACUACGUCCGCUUCGGCUCCACCACCUCGAUCAUCAACACGCUCCGCGUCGGCGUGACCAUGUCGGUUUUGGACAGCACGCAGCUGGGUAGCUGUUUGAGCAUGAGAAGCUAUAUCCGUUGUGGAUCUUCCAUCUCUGUCUUCGGCUUAGCCAGACUCGGGAGCACCCUCAGUUUGCUCGACUGCUUGAACUUGGGGUCAAGCUUGUCGAUGCGCCAUUACCUCCGGUGUGCGUCCACAACCAGCUUCUUCUCGCAGUGCAGGCUGGGGAGUGUGUUAUCCGUGCUGGACUUCACGCAAUUAUCUUCCGCCAUGAGCGUCCGGGCGGUGUUCCGGUUUGGAAGCAACUUGUCGGUCUGCAGUCGCGCGACGUUUGGGUCCCGGGUGUCGAUUUUAGAUAUGGUGAACUUGGGGUCGAACUUGUCUUUAAGGAGCUAUUUGAGGUACGGAAGCGGGAUGAGCUGCAUGAUGGAGGGAACGCGGUUCGGCAGCUGCCUGUCCGUGCUGGAGUUCUCGCAGUUAGCGAGUUCCUUGUCUAUGCGCAGUUACUUCCGCUACGGGUCGACGGUAUCCGUUUUUGACAAGCUCCGGUGCGGCAACACCGGCGUGGCAUUGUCGGUUCUGGACGCGGUGAGCCUCGGGACGACUUUGUCGCUCCGGUCGUACCAGCGACUCGGAUCCAUUGUGUCCGUGAUCAACUGGGCAAGAUUGGGGUCCACGACGUCGAUUCUGGAUUGCCUGCACCUCGGAACGUCCAUGUCUUUACGCUCCUACAUGCGGUUCGGGUCCUGCUACUCCGUUAUUAGCAAAAUGCAGUGUGGCACGACAUUGUCCAUUCUUGACGCGACGCGUUUAGGGACCUCUUUGUCCCUCCGGAACUACAUCCGACUGGCGUCUGCUUGCAGUGUCUACAGCGAGUUCCAGCAAGGGAGUAAUUUGUCAAUCCUAGACGCGGCGUUCUUCGGGUCGUCACUUUCCCUGCGGAACUACAUCCGGCACGGCUCCGCGAUUUCGGUGUUCCGAAAAGUGACGCUGGGUUCGAAUUUGUCGAUUCUGGACUACGUGCAGUGCGGCACGACGUUGUCCUUGCGGCACUACAUGCGGUUCGGGUCAACGAUCUCGGUGAUGAGCAAGACCAGCAUGGGCUCACAACUCUCCAUCAUCGACAUGCUGCAAUUAGGAUCCGCUUUGUCCCUCCGCUCCUUCGUCCGUUUGGGCUCCAGCUUCUCGCUUUACGGGUGCUGCCGGUUAGGGAGUGUAGCAAGCGUGCUGGACAUGCUGGUGCUGGGAUCCUCCGUGUCCUUGCGUCAUUACUCCAGAAUGGGAUCAGGUGUGUCCGUGUUCGCGAAACUGACCCUGGGAACGUGCUUGAGCGUGUUGGACAACGUGUACUUGGGAUCAAGUUUGAGCAUCCGGCACUACCUCCGUUGCGGGUCUUGCCUUUCCGUGUUCGACCAGGUGAGGUGCGGAUCCCGGAUUUCCAUCCUGGACUACGUGCAGCUGGGCAGUUCCAUGUCGGUCCGCCAGAUGCUCCGAAUCGGGAGUGGCUUCAGCUUGUUCCACAGCACGAAAUUCGGCUCGUCUUUAUCCGUCCUGGACUUCCUACACUUAGGCAGCACUGUCUCGCUCCGGCACUUCUGCCGGAUGGGAUCGGCGUACAGUCUGUACGGGGUCAUGACGCUGGGCAGCAGUUUGUCUGUGUUGGAUGUCAUCCACAUCGGCAGCAACAUGUCGCUCCGCUCGACCAUCCGCCUUGGCAGCUGCCUGAGCGUGAUGAGCCGGGAGACGUUGGGUUCGGUCUACUCCGUGCUCGACUGGAUGCAGCUGGGAAGCUCGAUGAGUCUCCGUGCGUACAGCCGGUUCGGAUCGAGCUUGUCCGUCUACGGAUUGAGCCGCCUGGGUUCCUCCGCGUCGGUGCUGGACUUCGUGAACAUGGGUAGUACCUUGUCGCUCCGCAGUUACCAGCGCAUGGGAUCGGCAGUUUCGAUUUACCGGAAGGAAUAUUUAGGUGGAAACCUCUCCGUUCUCGACCGCACGGACCUCGGAUCCAGCUUGUCGCUGCGGGGGUACAUGCGAAUCGGGAGCUCCUUGAGUUUGCUGAGGAACGUGGGAGAAAACAGGUUCGGCAGCGAUCUGUCGGUGUUGGCGAUGACCGAAUUUGGAUCUUCCAUGUCCCUGCGAAGCUACUUGCGGCUCGGGAGCAACUUGUCGGUCUUGCAAACCGUGCGGAUCGGCUCCGCGACGGGCGGAACUGGGGUUUCAGUUUUAGAUUGGCUGCAGCUCGGCUCGUCUUUGUCCUGUCGCCAGUGGGCCAGAUUCGGUUCCAGCGUUUCCGUCUACGGAAUGUGCAGACUCGGGUCCCAGAUGUCCGUGCUCGACUGCUUGCUGCUGGGGAGCACUUUAUCCGUGCGGCAUUACAGUCGGUUCGGGUCCGCUUUAUCCGUGAUGUCGCAGAUGCGGGCGGGCAGCACGUUGAGCGUGCUGGACAUGCUGCAGCUGGGGAGCUCGGUGUCCUUAAGGCACUACGCUCGCUUCGGAAGUUCCUUGUCGAUUCUACGUUGCCUGGGCUACGGUAGCAACCUCUCCGUCCUCGACAGCGUGCAUUUAGGGUCCGCUUUGUCGGUCCGCAGCUUUGCGCGACUAGGAUCUGCGGCGAGUGUUUACGGCAUUCUCCGGUGCGGCAGCUCGCUCUCCGUUUUGGACGCCACGAGUUUGGGUAGUUCGAUGAGCCUGCGCGGGUUCUGCAGAUUCGGAUCCAGCAUUUCCCUCUACGGGAGUGCAAGACUCGGUUCCAACAUGAGCAUACUGGAUCUAUUGCAACUCGGAUCGUCUUUGUCCCUCCGCACCUACAUGCGGUUCGGCAGCAGCAUUUCCGUGUUCGGCACGGCGUUACUCGCCAGCCAGUUGUCGGUGCUCGACUCGGUCAUGAUGGCCAGCACGGUAUCCUGCAGAAACUUCGCCCGGUUCGGCUCGAGUCUCUCCGUCUACGGGCUAUUACGGGUUGCCAGCUGCAUGUCGAUGCUGGACAUGUUCAGUCUCGGAUCGUCCAUCAGCUGCCGGAGUUUCUCCCGGCUUGGUUCCUCCAUGUCGACGUUCGGCAUUGCGCGGAUCGGCUCCAACAUCUCGAUAUUGGAUUUCGUCAGCAUCGGCUCGUCCGUCAGCCUAAGGAACUACGCGAGACUCAGUUCGAGCUGCUCGAUUUACGGCAUGGCGCGGAUCGGCACGGCGACCAGCUGCCUGGAUUUCGCGACGAUGGGCAGCUCGGUUUCUUUGCGGAAUUUCGGGAGGCUAUCGAGUUCCUGCUCUGUGUACGGCAUGAACCGGCUUGGAUCAGCAAUCUCCUUAAUCGACAUGCUGCACAUUGGCUCCACCGUGUCCGUCCGGUCUUGCGCGCGAUUCGGCUCUAGUCUCUCCGUUUUCGGCGUUUCGAGAUUAGGUUCUGCACUGUCUUUGAUCGACUUCUGCGCCAUCGGGAGUUCAAUGUCGAUCCGGAACUGCGCGAGACUAGGGAGCUCUUUAUCCCUGUUCGGGAUGAGUCGCCUGGGGUCGACGAUUUCCCUGCUCGACUUCCUCAUUUUGGGAAGCACCGUUUCGGUCAGGAACUGCAUGCGGUUCGGGUCCAGUUUGUCUGUGUACGGGGUGGCGAGACUGGGCUCUUCGUGCUCCUUGGUCGAUUUAUUCGGCUUGGGCUCUGCGUUGAGUGUUCGCAGCUACACGAGACUGGGCUCCGCGGUGUCCGUGUACGGGAUGAGCAGGAUGGGGAGCAUGCUAUCGGUCCUGGACUGCUGCGAGAUCUCCAGCACGUUGUCCCUCCGCCACUACUGCCGAAUGGGUUCUAACCUCUCGGUCUUCGGCCCGCAGCUGAGGAUCGAGGCGAGGAUGAGCUUGUUCGAUUUCUGCGUGCUUGGGACUUCUUUGUCCACGCGGCAGUACAGUAGAGUUGGAUCCGCUUUGUCCGUCAUAUCGCUUGUCAGAGCCGGAUCUAGCUUGUCCGUGUUUGACUUCACGGUGCUCGGGUCCGCGCUCUCAUUGAGGAACGUUCUGCGUUGCGCGUCGGGGAUGUCUGUGUUGGGGUUAACCAGGUUAGGCUCACAUCUUUCCACCGCGACGUACACCGCACUCGGCAGCUCGUUAUCCCUCCGCAGCUACCUCCGGAUCGGCUCCACGUGUUCGGUGAUCAGAAAGUGCACGCUCGGCGAAGCGUUGUCCCUCUCGGAGUGGUGCACGCUGGGAAGUGCGCUUUCGCUACGCGGGUACGCCAGACUCGGUUCUACCCUCUCCGUGAUCACAAGAACGGAGUUCGCGAAAGACGUUUCCAUCCUAGAUCAGUUCGCCAUGGGCAGCUCGCUGUCCUUGAGGAAUUACGCGCGCAUCGGGUCGCAUCUGAGCGUUUUAUCCUGGAACCGGAUCAGCAGCAACAUCUCCGUGUUAAAUUACGUCACGUUCGGCUCUGCGAUCUCGCUCCGGGGCUUCCUCCGCUGCGGGUCCUGCUACUCGUUGGUGGGAAAAGUGCUGUUCGAGCAGCCGUUCUCCGUCGGGGAAGCGCUAACUCUUGGAAGCACUUUGUCCUGCCGAAGCUACACGAGGUUGGGCUCCGGGUUGUCCUUACUGACGAACUUCAACGUGAAUUCGCAAAAGAUGUCGACCAUGAGCUACACGUAUCUGGGUUCUGCCCUCUCCGUCCGGGCCAAUGUGCGGAUUGGCAGCCGGAUGUCGAUCAUGUCGCAGACGAGAUUGGGGGCGGAAUUCUCCAUGCCGUCCUGGGCGCACUUCGGGUCGAGCUGCUCGUUGCGGGGCUUCAUCCGGACACAAUCUACCAUGUCCGUGUUCACGACGACGAAGCUGGGACACCGAAUGUCGAUCAUCUCCUACCUGCACAUGGGAAGUUCGUUGUCUCUCCGCACGGUCCUCCGCCAGAGCAGCGCCAUGUCGCUGUUCCACCAUUUGAAACUCGCGAAACCCAUGAGCGUGUGCGACUUUCUGCAGCUGGGAACGGCGCUGUCAUUGAGGAACGUCUCGAGGUUAGGAUCGGAAUUGUCCGUUCUCGCACUGAUGCGGGUGGGGAGCUGCAUUUCGGUUUUGGAUUACACGCACUUCGGCUCUGCGAUGUCGCUGAGAGGGUUUUUAAAAUUCGGCAGCUCGGCGUCGGUGUAUGGCAUGCAGCGGCUGGGGUCGAGUUUAUCCGUCCUGGAUUUCCUCACCCUCGGUUCCACCAUGUCAGUGCGGGCGUACAUGCGGUUCGGGUCGGCUCUAUCCGUGUACGGAAAGGUCAAGGCGGAAUGCGGCAACUACGAAGUCUGGCGCGCGAACGAAUUUGGCGUGGAGCUGGGGAACGUGAAAACGUCUUCCUGCUUGAGUGUGAGAAGCUUCGCUAGACUCGGGUCGUGUGUCUCGAUCUACGGGAUCUCCCGGCUCGGUUCGGCGCUGUCUGUCUUAGACUACAUGAGCUUGGGAAGCACGUUGUCGGUCCGCAGUUACAUGCGGUUCGGCUCGCAGUACUCCAUCUUCAGCCAGAUGCGCGCGGGCAGCACUUUGUCGCUCCUGGACGUGACCAACUUCGGCAGCGCUCUGUCCCUGCGCAAAUACUGCAGGCUGGGGUCUACGUUCACGAUCAUGUCGCAAACACGGGUCGGAUCUUUACUCUCCACGCUCGACAUGUGCUUUUUGGGCAGUGCCAUGUCUUCGCGCAGCUUCGCGCGAAUGGGAUCCACGAUCAGUCUGUUCGGCAUGACGCGGCUCGGAAGUUCGAUGUCGUUAUUGGACUUCAUGACGCUGGGCAGCAGCUACUCGCUGCGCAGCUUCGCGCGCGGCGGGUCCAGGCUCUCCGUCUGGUCGGCGCAGAUCUUCGGCAGCACGUUGACGGUGUUGGACUUCUGCAGUGUCGGUAGCGCGAUCAGCGUCCGAAGUUUCACCCGGUUUGGUAGUAGCUGCAGCAUCUACGGAAUGGCAAGGUUUGGAUCUACGCUGUCGCUCGUUGACACCAUUCACCUCGGGUCCACCAUGAGUCUCCGCGGGUUCGGCCGGUUAGGUUCGAGUGUCUCGAUCUACGGGUGGACGCGCGGCCAGGCGACGGUCUCUGUCCUCGACAUGCUCCAGUGUGGGUCUUCCUUCUCCCUGCGCAGUCUCGGGCGUGAAGGAAGUUCGAUCUCCCUGUACGGACUACUGCGACUUGGUAGUAGCUGCUCGAUUCUAGAUCAAAGCUACUUUGGCAGCGCCUUGUCGCUCCGGAAGUUCGUGCGGUUCGGCUCCUCUUUGUCCAUCUACGGGACGCUGACCCUCGGGUCGCGGUUUUCGGUCCUCGACGCGGUGAACCUAGCGUCUUCUGUCUCCAUCCGGAUGCUUGGGAGAUUAGGCUCUACAAUGAGUCUUUACGGGAUCGGCAGAAUCGGGAGUCAAGUGUCCAUCCUGGACAGCACGUCGCUCGGAUCCACGUUGUCCUGCCGCAGCUUCGCGCGCCUCGGGUCCGCCAUGUCCGUCUACGGUAUCAACCGGCUGGCGUCGCAGCUGUCGAUUUUGGACGCGACCACGUUCGGCAGUACGUUAUCCGUCCGGUCCUACGCGCGGGUUGGAUCCUCACUGAGUGUGUUCACGCGGUUCCGGAACAGCAACGACCGGACGAGUCUGUUGGAUUUCCUGCACAUGGGGUCCUCUGUUUCCAUGCGGUCGUACGCGCGAUUCGGCAGCAGCAUGUCCAUCUACCAGAUGGGUCUGCUCGGAUCCGGCGUGUCGGUUUUGGAUUUCGUGCACCUCGGAUCGUGCCUGUCCGUGCGGGGGUUUGCGCGCUUCGGUUCCGGCUGUAGUUGCUACGGCAUGGCGCGCAUGGGCAGCACGCUGUCCUUGCUCGACACGGUUUGUUUGGGUUCGAAUUUGUCUGUCCGGUCGUUCGGGAGACUAGGUUCUGCGUUGAGUCUCUACGGGGUUUCCACUCUCGGUAGCACUCUAUCGAUGCUCGACUUGGGCUACGUGGGGAGUGCGAUCUCCCUCCGUUCUAUCGGGCGGUUUGGAAGCUCCUUAUCCGUGUUCGGGAUCAGCAGGCUCGGAUCCGCGAUCUCCCUGGUCGACAUUUUCAAUCUCGGGUCGACGUUCUCGACAAGAAGUUACACCCGCAUGGGCAGCGCGAUCAGCAUCUACGGCAUGACCAGCUUCGGCAGCCGAUUGUCAAUCUUGGACAUGCUCACGCUCGGGUCCGCUUUAUCCCUGCGUCACUUCAUCCGGUCGGGAUCCGCGCAGAGUGUGUUCUCCCGCGUGAAUCUCGGCUCGCGGAUAUCCGUUUUGGACUGCUUGAACCUCGGAUCGACGCUGUCACUCAGAGCACGGCUGCGAUUAGGGAGUUGCCUGUCCGUGUACAAAUCCGAAUCCGUCGGGUCGUCGUUGUCCAUCAUCGAAACCGUCUGCCUGGGCUCGGUCUUUUCCCUUCGCGCGUGCGCGAGGUUCGGUUCCUCGGUGUCGCUCUUCGGGCACAUGCAGAUGGGCAGCCAGUGUAGCGUGAUUGACAGCAGCCACCUGGGAUCCACGCUGUCCGUCCGGGCCAUGGUGCGAUUCGGGUCCACGGUGUCGAUGUUCGGCCGGACCAGACUGGGAUCUGACAUUUCCAUUCUCUCCCAAGCGGCACUGGGAUCCGCACUGUCUGUCCGCUCGUUCUCGCGGUUUGGCUCGCAACUGUCGAUCCACACGCGGGUGAACAAGGGAAGAUACGACACGUCCAUUCUCGACGCAGCGAACUUCGGGUCGACGCUCUCCUGCCGCUCUUUCGCGAGAUUCGGUAGCACCAUUUCAGUGUAUGGCAUGACCCGACUGGGGUCGAGCAUGAGUCUUUUGGACCGUGUCUUCUUCGGGUCGAGUUUAAGUCUGCGGAAGUAUGUGCGACUGGGGUCGUCGUAUUCCAUGUUUGGCAAGUUCCAACUCGGCAGCAUGAUGUCGCUGUGCGACUACACGAACUUCGGUUCGGGCAUGUCCAUGCGGCAGAUGCUGAAAUUAGGCUCGAACUUCAGCUAUGGAUUGCAAAAAUGUCUGGGUCUGGAAGAUUCUGAGACUUGUCAUGCACGUUUUGCAUGAGCCAUGAGGUCUGGAAUGCGAGACCUAGCAUGACAGAUUCUGUCCGGUCUCUAUCAUGCGUUUCCUGCAUGAGAAACUCCCUCCCAACUUGGUCGAACGUGGACAGCUUUUGGCACUCAUGCAACACAGAUUUUUGCAUGAUUCCGAUUUAGCAUGACAAGUUUUAAUCUUCCAGACCCAGACAUAUUUGCAAUGCAUAUCAGCGUGCAGGGAAGGAUGAACUUCAACCAGCCGGUGUCCGUGAUCGACUACUACCACAUGGGCUCGGCGUUCAGUAUCCGCGCCGUGAUGCGCCAGGCGAGCGGCUGCAGUUUAUUCGGGCAGGUGUGCUGCGGUUCCAGCAUUUCUUUACUCGAUCACCUCGGGUUGGGUUCGGCGUUCAGCAUAAGGUCCUACAUGCGGAUGCAGAGCUCGAUGAGCCUGUUUUCCCAAUUCCGAGCAGGGAGUAGACUCUCGAUUCUGGAUCACUUAACCAUGGGAUCCACCCUGUCCAUCCGCUCCUACUUCCGGCAGGGCAGCCACUUCAGCGUCUUUUCCCGGCAGACCAUGGGCUCCACGAUCACGGUGUACGACAUGCUGAAUUUAGGUUCCGCUUUGUCCGUCCGAUCAUUUGCAAGAUGCGGUUCCGCGGCGUCUCUAUACGGACUCGCAGUGCUCGGAUCUUCAAUCUCGUUGCUGGACAACAGCUUCUUGGGCUCUUCUUUGUCGAUCCGGUGCUACGCGCGGUUCGGAAGUUCCUUGUCCUUGUUUAGCAAAGCCCGCAUGGGAAGCGCUUUGAGCACACUCGACUGCGCCUGCUUUGGAAGUUCGUUCAGUAUGCGGAAUUUCGCGAGGUUCGGCAGCACUUUAUCCAUUUACGGAAUCGCGACGAUGGGAUCGAAUUUGUCGGCGCUGGAUUUGCUGAUGCUAGGUUCUUCGUUAUCAGUCCGGUCGUUCAUGCGAAUUGGGUCGACUUUGUCGCUCUACGGAAUGACGAGGAUCGGAUCCAAUUUCUCCUCGCUGGACUUAAUGACGUUCGGGUCCUCGCUGUCCAUCCGCAACUUCAUCCGCGUGGGAAGCUCGAUCUCUGUGUACGGCUGCACGUUGCUAGGUAGCGCGUUGUCCGUUUUGGAUUCGAACUGCCUGGGGAGCAGCAUCUCCGUCAGAAGUUUCUCACGACUGGGGAGUUCUUUAUCCAUCUUCGGCAUCACGAAGUUGGGAAGUUCUCUAUCGAUCCUGGAUACCGUCGGGUUGUGCUCCGCGCUGUCCCUCCGAUCGUUCUACCGCGGUGGGUCGAACACGUCCGUGUUCGGCGUCAGCCGGUUCGCCAGCACCAUGUCUGUGCUGGAUCAGAUCGUGCUAAGUUCCAGCUGUAGUUUGAGAAGGUACUUGCGACUCGGCAGCACUAUGUCCGUGAUGACCACGCAAAGGCUGGGCUCGAUGUGCAGCGUUUUGGACGCGACCUACCUCGGUUCCGCGAUGUCGUUGCGGUCUAGCUUGCGCAUGGGAUCUACUCUCUCCGUCUACGGGUUCAUCCGAUUUGGCAGCUCUUUAUCCAUGCUCGACUACUUCCACCUGGGUAGCAGUAUCAGCCUCCGCUCGUUAGUCCGGAAGGGAAGCGGGUUCAGUCUGUACGGAAUGACGACGUUGGGAUCCUCUCUUUCCAGUCUCGACUACGUGCAGCUUGGAUCUUCUUUAUCCAUCCGCGGCUACCAACGGUUGGGAUCGAGGCUGUCGGUGUUCGCGGCGUUGAAGUUGGCUUCCACGAUCUCCUUCGUCGAGUGCGCGGUGUACGCCAGUUCGCUCUCCCUGCGGAGCUUCAGCCGACUGGGGAGCAGCUUCUCGGUUUACAGCAUCGGAAGGUUUGGAAGUUCUUUAUCCGUCUUGGAUUUCAUCCACAUCGGGUCGACGAUGUCGGUACGCGGCUUCUCCCGCCUGGGCAGCUCCCUGUCCUUAUACGGGGUGUCGCGGUUCGGCUCGGCGAUCUCCGUUUUGGACAUGGUCUGCAUCGGCAGCAUGGUGAGCAUGCGGUCCUUCUCGCGGUUCGGAUCUGCGCUCUCGUUGUACGGAACGUCUCGGAUGGGCAGUUCUCUGUCGCUUCUGGACUUUUUACACGCGGGAUCGGCGUUUUCCGUGCGAACGAUGUACCGCCAGGGAUCUGCGGUCAGCAUGUUCCACAGUUUCCGUUUAGGCAGUUCUUUAUCCGUGUUGGACCACUACCACAUCGGGUCGGCGUUAUCAAUGCGGAGCUUCACCAGGUUCGGAUCCGCGUUAUCAUUAUACGGGAUCUCGAGGUUGGGCUCCCACUUCUCGGUUUUGGAUUCCAUCCUUCUCGGCUCCACGAUCUCCAUCCGGUCCAUGAUCAGAACCGGCAGCACGAUCAGCGUGUAUGGGCUAGCGCGGUUCGGUUCGUCCUUGUCCUUGCUGGACUCGAUUCAAGCCGGCUCAGGCUUGUCCUGCCGCAGCUUCAUGCGCAUGGGGAGCAGCUUCAGCAUCUACGGACUGACGAGUUUGGGUUCUGGCUGCUCUUUGCUCGACUACUUUUGCUGCGGGUCGAGUUUGAGCGUUCGCUCACUCGCGCGGUGCGGAUCGACUUUGUCCGUGUACGGAAUGUCGAGAUUUGCGUCCAGCAUUUCCGUGCUAGACUUCGUGCACUUCGGCAGCGGAUUCAGUGUGCGCUCCAUGUUCCGCCUCGGCAGCUCUUUGUCCGUCUAUGGCAUGGCGUACAUCGGCAGCACCCUUUCCCUCCUGGACUUGAUGCAGGCGGGGAGCGCGAUCUCGUGCCGUUCGUUCGCUCGGUGCGGGUCCGCACUGUCGUUAUACGGGCUCGCCAGACUGGGGUCCAACAUGUCGAUUUUCAGCCAGGUCAACCUCGGAUCGGCGUUCAGUCUUCGUCGGUACAUGCGCGUGGGAUCUGCUUUGUCUGUGUACAGCCGGGUAAGGUUCGGGAGCUGCAUGAGUGUCAUGUACCAGGCGGAGCUCGGGUCGACUUUGUCGUUGCGGAAUUUCGCCAGGGCCGGCUCGCUCGUAUCCGUCUACGGCCGAACGAUGUUGGGAGGAACUGAACCAACGGGGCUCGCGAUGUUCUCGGUUUUGAACUGCGUGCACUUCGGGUCUAUGUUCUCGGUGAGGAGCUUCUUGAAACUGGGGUCGACCUUGUCCAUCUUCAGCCACGUGCGGGCGGGAUCGACGUUGUCGGUCCUCGACGCGGCGAACUUUGGGUCCGCGUUGUCUGUCCGCGCGUUCAUCCGCUCACAAUCCACCGUGUCGAUCUUCGGACAAGUAAGGCUCGGUUCGCGGUUUUCCGUGCUGGACCACCUCCACAUGGGUUCGACCUUCUCGAUUCGCAGCUUUCUCCGGUGUGGCAGCGCUACGAGCGUGAUGGACUUCGUGAACUUCGGCUCGACGUUGUCUCUCCGGGAAUACGCAAGGUGCGGCUCGGUUUUGUCCGUGUUCUCGCAGUGGAGGAUGGGAAGCUCUUUAUCCUUGUUGGAUUGCAGCAGUUUAUCCUCCGCCUUGUCCAUCCGUGGUUUCAUGCGCGCCGGAUCGGCGUGUUCCCUGCUCGGGUUCUGCAAGAUCAGUGGCGAGCACUGCUCAGCGUAUGGUCGGCACCAGCUCGGGUCAUCGCUUUCUUUACGUGCUUACACGCGGAUGGCGUCGGCGUUCUCGCUGUUCGGCGGCUGCAGGAUCGGCAGCACGUUCUCGACGAUGGACUACCUGCAGUGCGGCAGCUCGCAGUCGCUACGGAAGUUUAUCCGCAUGAGUUCUGCUUGCUCCGUGUACGGGCGCAUCAACAUGCACAGCGGGUUCUCCGUCUUGAACUUCGCGGCCUACGGGUCCGCAGUGAGUCUACGGGGGACAGUGCGUGUCGGUUCGAUGUGUUCUGUGUUUGGGAUGCUCCGUCAGCAGGGCUUCAGCUACUCGCUGUUGGAGCACAGCAUGGUCGGAUCCGCACUCUCACUCCGUGCCAUCGCGAAGAUGGGCAGCGCCACGCCGUCCGUGUUCGCUCUUGGUCGGUUCGGUGCGGCGUUCUCCAUUCUGAACAGCGCGAAUCUCGGGAGUUCACUUUCUCUGCGUGUGUUUGCGCAGAGUGGCGGGAUCGUGUCCUUCUUCGACUUCCUGGCUCUCGGCAGUACGAUGAGUCUGCGGCAAAUGGUCAAGUUCGGAUCCCGGGUUUCGUUGUUCGGCAGGAUUCAGAUGGGCAACGCGUUGUCGACGCUAAGUUCGGUCCACGUCGGGUCUGCAUUGUCCGUCCGGCGGUUCAUGCGGUGCGGGAGCGCUUUAUCCCUGCUGGACUUCGUGCACCAGGGCAGUGCGCUGUCUUUGCGGUUAACCGCUAGAAUCGGUUCGACGAUUUCCCUGGAGAGCCGGCUCCGGUUAGGUGGGGAAGCACAGCUCAGUACCUUCAACGCGAUCACGCUCGCCAGCACUUUGUCGCUCCGCGGCUUCAACCGCGUAGGGUCAACUGUGUCGGUUUUUUCCCAAGUCCGGUUCGGCAGUUGUCUGUCGACAUUGAGCUCGCAGCAGCUCGGGUCCGCAAUCAGCAUCCGGGCGUACACGAGAAUGGGCUCCGUGUGCAGCUGCUGCGGCUUAUUCCGGACGGGAAGUUCUCUUUCCAUCCUGGACUUCGCGGCGGUCGGGAGCACGAUCUCCGUCCGGGGCAUGACAAGUCUUGGCUCCUGCUUCUCCGUCUACGCACCGAUUGUGAAAGAUCAGGGGCUGUCGAUGCUGAACUUCUUUGAGCUCGGAUCGUCCUUGUCCCUCCGCAGCGUCGUCCGCUGCGGACACAACGUAUCCACCUUCGACUUCAUGAACAUGGGUUCGGCCUGCUCGCUCCGCAACUACUUGCGGAUCAGCAGUGCCUUAUCUAUCUUCGGUGCGUUCCGGGGCGGGACUUCCACCUCGAUUCUGAACUUCCUGAACCUCGGGAGUAGUUUGAGUCUGCGGUCGAUCAUCCGGGUCGGUUCCAGCUUGUCGGUCUUCGACGCGACAAGAGUUGCGAGCACGAUCUCCGUGUUGGAUUACUUCCAGAUGGGCAGCUCUUUAUCUCUCCGCGGGUACUGCAGAAUGUCGUCGACGUUCUCGGUUUUCAGCACGACGAGAACCGGCUCUGAUGUGUCCAUGAUGAAUUUCAUGACUCUCGGUAGUUCCAUCUCGAUCCGCGGCGGCUGGCGGUGCGCGGAAACGCUGUCCAUCUACAGCCAACUGCGGUUCGGCAGCACGCUCUCCGUGUUAACUUCCGUUUUGCUCGGCAGCAACUUGUCGGUCCGAGCAGUGGCCCGCCUCGGCAGCUCCAUCUCCAUCCGGACGAACGUGCGGUUUGCGGACUCGAUGUCGGUUUUAGCCCAGGUGACGGUUGGGUCUGGACUCUCACUUCGGAAGUACACAAGGUGUGGAUCCACUUUGUCCGUGUUCACGCGGGCGCGCGUGGCGGAACAUUUGUCCAUCAUCCAACACGUGGAUUUAGGGAGCCAACUGUCGUUAAGGGCAAGACCAAGGCUAGGGUGCAGCAUGUCCACGUUUGACUACGUAAACCUCGGCUCUUGUUUUUCCCUUCGCGGCGCCACCAAGCUCGGGUCCACCAUGUCCGUCAUCCGCGCCAUGCGGUUCGGCGACAACAUGUCCGUGCUGGAGUUCUGCAACCUGGCGUCCACCUUGUCUGUCCGCGCCUACCAGCGGGCCGGGAGCACGUUCAGUCUGCUCACCCGCGUGAACCUCGGGGAGAAAUUAUCCGUGAUUGACUACAUGCAACUGGGCUCCGUGAUCAGUCUCCGAAGCUACGCCAAGAUGGGCUCGGUCAUGUCGGUCUUCCAGAAGUUCCGCAUUUCCGGGAGCUGCAGUUUGCUGGACUUUUUGAACCUCGCGUCUUCUAUAUCCGUGAGGAUGGCAGUCCCGUUUGGAAACCGGGUUUCGGUCCUGGACGUGACCCACUUCGGCAGCUCGCUGUCCAUGCGGUCCUACAUCCGGCUAGGGUCGACGUGUAGUAUCACCGAUCGGAUCAUCACACGGAAGCACUUUUCCGUGCUGGACCAGGGCGCUCUUGGUUCGAGUCUGUCGCUUCGGCAGUGCUUGAACCUGCCGGACUCUGCGUCGGUCUGCAGCUACUUCUUCCUCGGUUCGUCUUUGUCCCUCCGGAACUACUUCCGGAUCGGCAGUUCGAUGUCGCUGUUCAACAAUUUGAGACUGGGAAGCUCUCUGUCCGUCUGCGACGCGGUCAACUUCGGGUCGGAACUGUCCCUCCGGAGUGUGACGAGGAUCAGUCAUAGAGCCUCCGUCUUCGAGACUCUGUUCCUCGCGAGCUCGUACUCGCUGCGGGCGGCGAUGCAGAUGGGGUCAACCCUGUCGAUCUUCAGCAUGGCAAGGUGUGGGAGCAGCAUGUCGAUGUUGGACAUCUGCCAGCAAUCCAGUAGCUUAUCCUUGCGGAACACCCUGCGAGUCGGCAGUUCCUUGUCUGUUCUCCGGAAGACGCACAUCGGAAACGAGGUCUCGGUGUUGGACGCACUGCAAUUAUCCUCCAGCUUCUCUUUGCGUGGGCACGUGCGGUGCGGUAGCGAUCUGUCCAUCCUGAACUUCAUCCAGUUCGGGUCCGGUUUAUCCCUUCGCCACCUCGCGAGGUGCGGGUCCAGGACGAGCUUUGUCGAGUUUCUGGAGCUCGGGUCCAGUUUCUCGUUGCGCUGUGUCUUCCGACAAAACAGCCAGAUGUCGCUGUUCAACCGGAUGCGCAUGGGGAGUCAAUUGUCCGUGCUGGAUUCAGUUCUCGGCGGUAGUGCUCUGUCGAUCCGGAGUUACAUGCGGUUCGGCAGUUGCUUCUCGAUCUACGGGCAGGGCAGAUCCGGCUCGACCGUUUCGAUUCUGGACUUUUCCCAGUGCGGAUCAUCUUUGUCCCUGCGCGCCUACAUGCGGCUCGGCAGCGAAUUUUCCGUGUUUUCCCAACAGCGGUUCGGCAGCAGCAUCUCCCUGCUCGACUUCUCGCACUGCGGGUCCGCGGUCUCGCUCCGGUGCGUGCGACCGCUGGGGAGCAGCUGGUCCGUUUUUUCAAGGCUGAAGUGCGGUUCGACGUUGUCGAUGGUGGAUUACCUGGGUCUUGGUUCCACUCUCUCCGUCCGCGCGCGCGUCCGGCUGGGCGCAAGAUUGUCGGUGUACGAUAGAGUGAGCUUCGGUUCCUCCCUCUCUCUCCGGUCGGCGUUUCGCCUCGGAUCUUCUCUAUCCAUGUUCGACGGGCAGAUGCGGUUGCACGGCACGUUGUCCAUCGUGGACUUCGCCUACUGCGGCAGCACGCUGUCAGUAAGGGAGAGGACCAGCUUCGGCAGCGCGAUCUCCAUGUUCGAUUACUUCCACUUAGGCUCCACGAUCUCUCUGCGGGGUGUGCUUCGUCUGGGAUCUGCAAUGACGGUCCGGAACAUUGUGAAGUUCGGUGGCGUGCCGUCCGUCUGCGGGUACUUCGAGCUCGGAUCGACUUUAUCCGUCCGCUCGUACAUGCGGUGCGGCUCUGUCAUGUCGUUGUUCAGCCGGUGGGCGAUUGGAUCCGCUUGCUCGGUGUUGGAUGCGGUCUACGCCGGGUCUUCCCUCACGAUCCGGCACUACAUGCGCGCGGGAAGUGGUUUGUCCCUCCUCGGCCGGAUCAACGUCCCGGGCCCCGCGCCGAGUGUGUUGGAUUACAUGGAACUGGGGUCGACGUUAUCGCUCAGACAGUACACGCGACUCGGUUCCACCUUCUCGAUCUUCGGCAACACGCGAGUCGCGGUGACGGCAUCCGCGUUAGACUAUACGAACUUUGGUUCCAGCAUGUCCGUGCGAGCCAGAACCAUGCUCGGAAGCGGGCUUUCCAUCUUCGGGGCGCUCCGCAUGGGGACGCGCAUGUCGCUGGCGAUGAGCCAGGAACUCGGGUCAACGCUGUCUUUGCGGGGGGUUGCAAGGAUGGGUAGUGGUAUGUCAAUCUACAGCAGAUUGACCACCGGAUCCAACAUCUCAGUGUUGGAUUUUGUCAACUUCGCGUCCGCGUUCUCUUUGAGAAGCGUGAUGAAGUUCGGCUCCACACUGUCGGUGAUCGCCAGCAUGAACCUCGGCUGCAGCUUGUCUGUUUUAGACUCCACUGGUGUCGGGGAAGAACUGUCGAUCAGGAACAUGGCAAGAUGUGGCACCUACAUCUCUGUCUUCGACUUCCUGUCCAUCGGCUCCACUCUGUCCAUCCGCCGCUAUGUCCGCGCCGGUAGCGGUUUGUCCGUCUACAGCCGGUAUAAAACCGGCGACUCUUUAUCCAUCCUGAACUUCGUCCACCUAGGUUCCGGAGCGUCCGUCCGCGGGUUCUGCCGCAUCGGCUCGACGCUGUCCGUUUCUCGGUGCACGUUUCUCGGUGAGGGUCUGUCCGGCUACUCCGCGCUGCACUUCGGGUCGACGACGAGCUUACGGGCGUUUGCCAGGAUGGGCAGCAACUGCAGCAUUUUCAGCGCCGCGACGCUCGGAUCGAGUUACAGUGUGUUGGACUCCGCCUUCCACGGAAGUUCUCUCUCCCUGCGCGCGUGCACGCGGAUGGGCAGCAACUUCUCCAUGUUCAGCAAGGUGGUCAUGAGCAGCUGCAUGUCCGUGUUGGAUUGGUUUACCCUCGGCUCCUCUCUAUCCGUCCGGACCUACUGCCGGUUCGGUAGUCGCUGCAGUUUGUUCGGCGACUUCCGGUUCGGCGGCCCCAGCGGCACCGGGAUCUCCACCUUCGACUACAUGAACCUCGGUUCCGCGAUGUCCAUGCGGUUGAUCGGGAAGAUGGGCAGCAAUUUGAGUCUGUUCUCCUAUUGCAGACUCGGCUCCACGAUUUCCACCUGCGACUUCAUGACGAUGGGCUCCUCGUUGUCCAUUCGCGCGAUGCCGCGGUUCGGAUCCCCGGUGUCCGUGCUGGACUUCGUCUACAUCGGCAGCACCAUGUCCAUGCGCGAGGCGAACCGGCUCGGGUCCAACAUCUCGAUCUUCAGCCGAGUGAGGUGUAGUGAGGGCGGAAAUUUAUCCGUCCUCGACUACGUGACGCUCGCGAGUUCUAUGUCGCUGCGGCACUUCGGGCGGUGCGGGGGGCAAUUGUCGAUUUGUCAGUUUGCGCAGAUGGGGUCCGGGAUUUCUCUCCGGUCGUUCUGCCGACUCGGAUCGACACUGUCCUUCGCGGGAAAAUUGAUGGGCGGAUCCUUUUCGAUCAUUGACCACACCACCACUGGCUCAGCGUUCAGUAUUCGUGGGUUCGCGCGCCUCGCGUCCGGCUUAUCGAUCCACGGCCAGGUCCGGGUCGGGUCGGCGUUUUCCCUGCUGGACUUCUCGAACUGCGGGGCGGAAUUGUCGGUGCGCAGGAGAACCCGGAUUGGCGAAUACUUAUCCGUGUUUGACGCGGCGACAAUCGGAUCCACUUUGUCCAUCCGGUCGUUCCAGUCUCUCGGAAGUAACUUCAGCUGCUUCGGGCACAUGAUGAUCGGCUCGGCGAUUUCGACGCUGAACUUCUACCACGUCGGAUCCUCGCUGUCCGUGAGGCAAUUCGUCAGCUGCGGAAAAAACUUCUCGAUCUUCGACUUCGCGUCGUGUUCUUCGAAUCUGUCCCUGCGCGCCUACGUGCGGUGCGGCAGCUUGUUGUCUGUCGCGAACGGGGCGAAAGGAAGAUUUGGCGCCCACGUUUCCAUCCUCGAUCGCGCGCACUUCGGGAGCUCCAUGUCGAUGCGCGUGGUCGCGAGAAUGGGAUCCUCGUUCUCCCUGUUCGGUUGGACGCGAUUGGGAUCCAGCUUAUCCGUUCUCGAUGCGUCCUGUCUGGGGUCGAAUUUGUCCCUCCGGAACUAUAUCCGGAUGGGCUCCCGGGCGAGCAUCUUCGGCUGUGGCAUCGUCGCGAGCAGCUGCUCGUUGCUCGACGCGGUGAUUCUCGGGUCUACAAUUUCCGUACGGCAGGUCGCCCGGCUGUCGUCUUCCUUCAGCACGUUUGCGAAAGUCCGAGCGGGCAGCGGCGCUUGUUCACUCCUGGACGCGAUGCUGCUCGGUAGCACACUGUCCCUCCGCGGCUACAGCCGUCUGGGGUCGACGCUGUCGGUUUGCAACGCCUACAGGGGCGGCGGCAUGUUCUCCGUGUUGGAUCGCGUGUCCCUCGGGUCGACGUUGUCCCUCCGGAAGGGGGGGAUGUGCGGGUCCAGAUUGUCCAUCUUCGACUACAUUACCGGCAGCUCCAACAUGUCCAUCCGCAGCUACAGCAGGUUAGGGUCGCGUCUCUCCAUGUUCGGCGAGAUGCGGGCGAAUAAUUGCGUGUCGGUCUUGGACUCGGUGCAUUUGGCUUCAGCCAUGUCGCUGCGGUCAUAUGUCAGGCUCGGCAGCUCCUUCUCCGUUAUGGGUUCCGCGGGGAUAAACGGCGGGGGUUGUUCCGCUAUGGAAUUCCUCACAUUAGGUAGCAGUCUCUCCAUCCGUGCGGGCGUUUCUCGUUUCGGCGACGGAAUUUCUAUGUUGGACAUGGUCCGCCUCGGGAGCACACUGUCCCUCCGGGGGACCGGGAGAUUCGGGUCCAGUUUGUCCAUCUUCGGCGGCAUGCGGUUCACCUCGUCCCUGUCGAUGCUCAACGCGUUCGAAUGCGGUUCAGUGUUGUCCCUGAGGAACUACGCGCGUUGCGGCUCGCAGCUGUCAUUGUGCAACGGAUUUCGGGUCGGAAGUGCGCUGUCCGUGUUAAACCACGUCCUUUGCGGAUCUAGCUUAUCAAUUCGUGCGUUCACGCGAACGGAGCGGGUUUCCGUGUUUGCCUUCACUAGUGCAGGGUCUGCGAUGUCGCUACGGGGGAUUAGUCGGAUGGGGAGUAACGUUUCCGUCUUCAAAUCCGUCAUGUUCGGCAAAGCGCUCUCCACGCUCGCCUACCAGGCACUUGGCUCCAGCUGUUCCCUUCGCGCCUUUUCCCAAUGCACGAAGGCCUGCAGCGUGUUGGACUUCAUGGCGGUCGGCAGUUCAACUUCUGUUCGGAAUUUCCUGAAAAUCGGAUCGGCGUUUUCCCUCUACCGCCAGGGCCUGCUCCAGAAAGUCUCCGUGCUCGAUGCGGCCUGCAUCGGCAGCACGCUUUCCGUCCGGGGCGGGUUUGUGCAACUCGGGGAGCGGUUCAGCAUGAUCGACUACUUCGCCGUCGGCAGUGCGAUUUCGAUCCGAGGGAUGUUGCGCGCGGGCAGCACGUUCUCGCUUUUCACCAAGUGCUGCCUCGGGUUGCACUUAAGCAUUCUCGACAAUUCCGAACUCGGAUCGUCCCUUUCGUUACGGUCCUUCACGCGGCAAGGGUGCAGCAUGAGUGCGUUGGACGCGACUUUUCUCGGAUCCGCGAUUUCGAUGCGGUCGCAAGCGAAGCUGGGAUCGACGCUGUCCAUGUUCAACAUGAGCAGACUGGGCAACGUUUUGUCCGUUCUAUCCCACCUACAUCUCGGGUCCUCCAUGUCUGCGCGCGCAACGUUCCGGAGUGGCCACAAGUUUUCCGUGUUCGACCAGUUUCUGCUCGGAAGCUCGUUGUCCGUCCGGGCGUACGUGCGGUUCGGUAGCAAUUGCAGCUUCUUCGGAACGUCGAAGAUCAACAACGCAAACUCCGUGCUGGACUACCUGAAGCUCGGAUCCAGCUGUUCCGUCAGGAGUUUUGGACGGUUUGGAGAAUCUUUAUCCGUGUUCAACUUCGUUGAGUUCGGCAGCACAUUGUCCCUGCGGUCCUACAUGCGGAUUGGUUCCCACUUCUCCGUGUUCGGGCGCACCGACGGCGGCCACCAAGUGUCCUGCUUCGGCUACAUGCACUGCGGGUCGAGCUUCUCCGUCCGAAGGUUUGCGCGCGCGAACGAGGGCGUUUCGCUGAUUCAGUUCCUGCGCGUCGGAUCGGUGGUGUCUCUCCGGUCUGUGAUCCGCAUGCAGUCGAACGUCAGCGUGUUCAGCCGGCUCAGAUUAGGCAGUGGGUUGUCGAUGCUGGAUGCGACCAAUCUCGGGAGCAGCCUGUCCGUGCGCAGCUACGUGCGACUGGCGUCCACCUUCUCGCUGUACGGGCUGAAACCGGAAAAGGCGCUGUUUUCCGCGCAUUUGUCAAUCUUCGACGCGGUGAGUUUAGGUUCCAGCUUGAGUUGUCGCAUGGUAACGAAGGUGCAACCAAGGGCAUCGGUGCUGGACUACUGCGAACUCGGAUCGGUGAUCAGUUUAAGAGCGACACAGCGAAUCGGGUCCACCCUCUCCGUCUUCGCCCGCGCGAUCACCAGUCACCAAUUGUCCGUGAUUGACAGCCACUGCUUCGGCAGUGCGCUCAGUCUCCGGUCUUGCGUUCGCUUAGCGUCCACCUGCAGUGUGGUCGGCCACGUUCGGUUGGGCUCGUGCACUUCUAUUUUGCAGCACGCGCACUUCGGGUCGUCGCUGUCGAUCCGCGGGGUGCAGCGCCUGGCGAAAUCUGUGUCCGUCCUCAGCUUUGUGCAACUCGGCUCUGCCGUCUCGCUCCGGAACGUGGUCCGGGUCGGGAGCACGUGCUCGGUGUUCGGUGCGGCGACCGCGGCGCACCAGAUCUCGGUGGCCUACCAGAUGGAGAUGGGAAGCAGUCUGAGUCUGCGCAAGUUCACGCGGUUCGGCAGUUCAUUGUCCGCCUUGAGCUUCAUCGAGCUGGCGUCCAACUGCUCCUUAAGGAAUUACAUGCGGAUCGGGUCCAGUCUGUCCGUGUUUGGCGCGCGGAUCGAUCUGGCGGCGAACUUGUCCGUCUUGGACAGCAUGUUCAUGGGAUCGGCUUUAUCCCUCCGCGAUACUAAACGUGUUGGUUCCCCCUUCUCGAUGAUCGACUUCUCGCACGUGGGGUCCGCUUUAUCACUCCGUGCGUACGCGCGACUGGGAUCGGCCUUCUCGCUGCAAAGCAUCGCCCGCUGCGGCGGCACGGUUUCGGUGUUAGCGGAAGUCAGCGUCGGCAGCACGCUCUCGUUACGCAGCUACGGUCGGUUCGGCGGCAGAAUGAGUGUGCUGGACUACCUGCACUGCGGGUCUAGUCUCUCCCUCCGGGCGUACACCCGGAUCGGGUCGGCGUUGUCGAUCGGGACGGGGCCGGCGAAGGAAAGGAAUGUCGUUUACGGGAAGCUUUCUGUUCUCGAUUUCCUGACCCUCGGAAGCUCGAUUUCGGUCCGGCAAGCGGUCAGAAUUGCCGGCUCGGUCUCUGUCAUAGAUUCAACCAUCCUCGGCAGCUCGCUCUCGAUCCGGCGCAUGGCGCACGCGGGCAAAGGCGGCUUGUCCGUCUUGGACUUCGUCAGCGUCUCGUCCGGUGUCAGCAUGCGGGCAGCCUGUCGGUUCGGCAGCGGCAUCAGCAUCUUCAGCCAGUUGCGCGUCGGGGGGAGUUUGUCCGUCUUGCGGCACGGGGAGUUUGCCAGUUCGUUAUCGUUGCGAACGUACACGCGAUUAGGCAGCAGCUUGUCCUGUAGCGGCAUUGGGGUGCGAACGGAAUUGCUCGCGAAGGUCUCCAUCGUGGAUAAGUGCCACUUUGGCUCCACCAUCAGCCUUCGCAGCUGGGCCCGGUGCAGUUCGAACGUGUCGACGUUGUUCUACUCGCAUCUCGGAAGUGCGUUGUCCAUUCGUGCGUACGCGCGUAUCGGAUCGACGUUGUCCGUCUGCGGGCAGCACUCCCGCGUCACGUGCAUGACGUCGAUUCUGGACCAGACCGCCCUCUCCAGCUCCCUCUCCCUGCGGCAGGCGGCACGUGUUGGCGCGAAAUUAUCCGUUUUACAGUUCGCCCACUUCGGCAGCAGUUUGUCCCUACGGUCCUCCGCCUACGCCUGCAGCCACUGCUCGAUUCUGUCCUUCGCGUAUUUAUCCAGUUCCAUCUCUGUCAGGAAUUUUGCCCGAGUUGGUUCUGGCCUCUCCGCACACGCGGUCUCCGGCCGCGCGCACGGGACUUUAUCGCUUUUAAGUCACAUGGAGAUCGGCAGCAGCAUGAGUAUCAGGAAUAACGUGAAGAUCGGGAAGAGUCUUUCGCUCUUAGACUACGCGGUCUUAGGUUCCUCCUGCUCCGUGCGGUCACACGUCCAGAUCGGCCGAAGUUUGUCCAUCCUGACCUUCGGGAACUGCGGAUCCUCGUUGAGCUUAAGGCACGUGGUCCGGCUCUCCUCCGGGCUCUCCAUCUACGGGACCUUCAAAGCGGAUCACGGGUGCGGCGGGACAAGAAUGUCCGUCACAGCAUUGUGUCAGCUCGCGUCGUCGCUGUCCGUCCGGAGUUGCACGCAGAUCUCGAAUGCGGUGUCCUGUCUGGGCUUUUCCACACUGUCCUCCUCGAUCAGUCUGCGCCGGUUCUCGCGCCUCGGCUCCGCGAUCUCGGUGUAUGAUUCCAGUAGGGUACACGGUCGGAUGAGCGUCACGGACAUGCUGCAUUUAGGGAGUACUUUGUCCAUCCGGGCUAAUAGUUUGCUGGGGUGCAGCGUCAGCUUGGUCGAUUACCUCCUCCUCGCGUCCUCUCUCUCCAUCCGGAACUUCGCGCGCAUGUCGGAUUCCAUCAGUGCCGUCGGGAUGCUCCGCGCGGGGUCUUUCUCCGUGCUGGACCGGAUCGAGAUGAGCUCGACCUGCAGUCUCCGCAACCUGAUCCGGCUAGGUUCCAGUAUUUCCACCGUCGGCGCGGGCGCGAAGCUGUACGGGUUGUGCGGAAAGGACCUGUCCGUCAUGAACUACGUCAGCCUUGGGUCGUCCAUCAGUUUGCGACGGUACGCGAGACUGGGUGACAGCCUGUCCGCCUACGACUUCCUGAACCUGGGCAGCUCGUUGUCCGUGCGCGUGUGCGCGAAGGUCGGGUCGGCGUUCUCGGUGUUCAGUAGCAUCCGGGGGAACAGCUUCAGCGUGUUGGAUUUUUUGAAACUGGGGUCCGCGAUCUCGUGUCGCGCGUUAGCCGCCAACGGCUCCGGCUGCAGUCUGUACGGCAGGUUUAAGACCGCCGCGUCAUUGUCCGUCCUGCAGCACAAGUUUGUCGGCAGCUGUUUGAGUCUGCGGUCGUUUGGCCGCCUCGGCUCCGGCAUGUCGGUGAUGGGCAGCGGCACGAUGAGUGCGAAGACGUCGGUGUUGGACUACUUCUCCAUCGGCUCCACUUUAUCAGUCCGCACCUACGCCCGGUGCGGGUCCGCCGUCAGUCUGUUCGCGUCGACGGUGCAGUGCGGCUCGACGUUAUCCAUCCUCGGGAACAUCGAUGUCGGGUCUAACCUGUCCAUCCGCGGGAUGUUGCGGAAGGGAAGCAGUCUGUCCAUCUUCGGCCAGAGUUUCCUCAGUUCCAACAUGUUUUCCGCUCUCGACAGCUUCUGCCUCGGCAGCUCGUUGUCCCUGCGCGCGUACACGCGGAUCAGCAGCUCCGUGUCCAUCUUCGGCGCCAUGAAGCGGUCCGCAACGGACACGCCGGUGUCCGUGUUGGAUGCGAGUAUGCUGGGUUCUGCUCUGUCCGUCCGGGCGUUUGUGCGAUUGGGCUCCAGUCUCUCCGUGAAGAACCUGAUCCUGUUCAGCCACGACUUCAGCUUGACGCACGCGAUGUUUUGCGCGAGCAGUAUGUCGCUCAGGUCCUUAGCGAGAGUCGGUUCCUAUUUCUCCGUAUUCGGACGAACCAAUCUCGGCGACAGCCUGUCCAUGCUGGGUGCCCACACCGCGGGAAGCGCCUUAUCCCUCCGUGCGUACUCGCGCAUCGGGAGCGGAUUCUCCGUCCACAGCGGUGCGAGAGUAGUAGGAGACGGCCGGUUCUCGAUCAUGGACUACUUGAAGUGCGGCUCCAGUCUGUCCAUCCGCAGUACCGGCAUUCUCAACUGCUCAUCCAUCUUCUCCCCGGUCAUGCUCGGAAGCUCUCUGAGUCUCCGCGCGCUGGCAAGGUGCGGAUCCAGCUUAUCCGCUCUCACGGCGGUGAAGCUCGGGGGCAGCUUCUCGGUUUUAGAUGCGGUCACGUACGGAUCGUCCUUAUCCAUGCGGUCCUUCAGCCGGCUCGGCCACGACUUUUCAUGCAGCGGCUGCUUGAACGGGGUGGGGAGCAUCACGUUCCUCUCCCUCUUCGAGUUCUUCGAGAUGGGAAGUUCGCUUUCCAUCCGCGGCGUGAACCGCAUGGGGAGUCGAGUGUCUGUCUUCGACUUCAUGCAGAUCGGCUCCGCGAUGUCCGUCCGCGCGUUCUCGCGCUGCGGUUCCGCGCUGAGUGUCGCCACCUCGGGCACGGUGUGCGGGGAGCGAUUGGAUGUGACGAACACGUUGUCUGUCGGCACGUAUAGCCGUAUUGGAUCGGAAAUGAGCAUUUACGGAGCUUUGAAUCUGUCGAGUUCAAUAUCGCUUCGCGCGAACGCAAAAAUGGGGUCCAUGUCGAUCCUUGCGUUCUGCCAGAUGGGAUCGUCGCUUUCGAUCCGGUACUUCUCCAGAGUAGGCAGUGGCGUUUCCGUCAUCGGGAAAAACACGCGUGCGAACAACGCCUUCAGCGUGUUCUCCCAGACUGAGAUGGGAUCAGCGCUCUCCCUGCGCACCAUGUCGUCCUUCGCGAACAAGAUGUCGAUUCUCGACUGCAUGAAUCUCGGGUCCACGCUCUCAACCCGCACGUUUGUCCGCAUCGGCAGCGGCUGCUCGCUGAUGGGCCUGUUCCGCCCGGGCAGCUGCGGCGCGACCUCCGUGAUCAACUGUGUCCACCUGGGGUCGACGUUGUCCAUGCGGCAGAUGGGCCAUUUGGGUUUGGGAGGCCUCUCCGUGAUCUCCUUCUACGAUCUCGGUUCGCAGCUCUCGCUCCGCACCACCGCGAAGAUCUCGAGCUGUCUUUCGAUUUACAGCAGCGGGCACGGCAGGAUCGGGCUAAAAACCUCCGUGAUGGAUUUCAUGCAGAUCGGCUCCUCCUGUUCCAUCCGGGCUUUUACCCGCGUCAGCUCACAAUUCUCCCUGCUCGACAGUGUCACCGUCGGCUCUAGUGUCUCUGUACGCAGCUUCACGCGGUUCGGCUCCGCGAUCUCCGUGCACGGCCAGUUCGCGACCAAGAAGCUGGGCAUCGGCAUUUCCGUCUUCGACCAGCUCACGAUGGCGAGCUCGCUCUCCUUGCGGGGAAGAGGGUACGCGGGGAGUACGGUUAGCGUGUUCGAUUUCCUGAACCUCGCUUCCGGCUUGUCGGUCCGGAAAAUCGCGAAGUUUGGCAGCAGUGUCUCAGUCGUGGAUGCGAUAUACUUGGGCUCCAACCUCUCCCUCCGGUCUACCGGCCGGUUCGGGUGCGCGUUGUCCACGCUCUUGUUCUCGAGCUUCGGUUCCAGCUUGUCGAUCCGGAACUACACACGCAUCGGGUCCACCGCCUCCUGCUUCGGGCGAACCGCAAUCGGCAGCAUCGUGCAACUCAGCGUCAUGGGCUACGGACAUUUAGCGUCUGGGUUGUCCAUCCGGGCCUUCGCGCAGCUGAGCAAGGGCGUUUCCGUGUUGGACGCGAUGACCAUGAGCAGCUCCUGUUCUUUGAGACAGUAUGCCCGCUGCGGCAGCGGCUUCAGUCUGUUCUCCUGCGGCCGACUCGGAGCGUCUGCUUCGGUCCUCAGCUUCGUGCAGCUCGCGUCGCAACUGUCGGUUAGGUCGCAUGCUACCUAUGGACGGUACGGGUUCUCCGUGUUGGACUGUUUAUCGAUGAGUUCCUCUUUAUCGCUCAGAACAUACACGCGGGUCGGCAGCGGUUGCAGUGUUAUGGGAAGGUUUGACACGGGCUCGAUCUACCGCCUCUCCUGCGUGGAUUAUUUGAACCUCGGCAGUUCCCUCUCCAUUCGCAGCUUCUCGCGCGUGGACGCGAGUGUGAGCUUGCUGGGCAUGAUGGCGGUCUCUUCCGCUUUGUCCGUCCGCUCCGUUGGCCGGUUCGGCUCGUCGCUCUCCGUCGCUGGUGCGGCGCAAAGGACCAUGCUAAAAGCGAACCUCUCCGUGCUUGACGCGUCGAUUCUCGGGUCCAGCUUCUCGCUCAGAACCUUCGCGCGCAUUGGCAGUGCGGUUUCCGUUCUCGGGUUUACGGACUUCGGAAGCAGUUUGUCCUUACGAAACUACGCAAGACUAGGGUCCACGUUGUCCGUUUUGACUAACCUCAAAGUCGGAUCCGGGUUCAACGGCGCGUCUGUUCUGGACUACCAAGCGCUCGGAUCGUCUUUGUCGGUCCGCUCCAUGGUGGAGAGUCAGAACAACCGCGGGCUAUCCAUUCUCGAUUACAUGUCGAUGGGGAGCACUCUUUCGAUCCGCUCCCUCGUCCGGUUCGGAAGCUCAUUAUCCGUCGCGUCCGGAAUCAUUUUGAACGGGAGCCAGAACAUGUCGGUGAAGCAGGGGGUUUUCAUCCAGGGCGCAACCUCCGUGUUCGACUGCUGCAACCUCGGGAGCACCUUGUCUUUACGUGCGUACGCCCGACUGGGAUCCGGUUUGAGUGUCGCGGGGUUAUGUGCCUUUGGCUCCAUGAGCUGGAUGAGCGUGAUGGAAUUCAGCAACAUCGGUUCCAGCGUGUCGCUCCGUUCCUUCGCGAAUUUGGGCAGCAGUUGCAGCGCGUUGUCUUUCGGCACCUUUGGUAGCGCUUUGUCCAUUCGGUCGUUUGUAAGAACCGCAGACAGAUCCUCCAUUCUCGACUUCCUCACGAUGGCCUCGAGUUUGUCCCUGCGGAACUUCUGCCGAAUCGGAUCGGACUUGUCCGUCGCCGGGAUUACCAGCAACAUUGGCGGAAUGCUUUCCGUCAUUGGCUGCGCACACACGGGUUCGUCGCUCUCUCUCCGGGGGCGAUUGAUGGCGAUCGGGAAAAACAUGAGCGUUCUGAACAUUUUGGAGCUCGGGUCGUCUGUCUCGUUACGUCAAUACCUCCGCUGCGGAAGUGACGCAUCGGUAAUUGGUAGAACCGCGAUUGGGAGCUGCCUCCGGCUCUCCGUGAUCGACUUCAUGCAAGUCGGGUCUGCGAUGUCGGUCCGGCAAACGGCGCGGUUCGGCGCGAAAAUGUCGAUUUUGGAUAUGGUGAACUUGGGCUCGGCGCUCUCGUUAAGGGAGUACGCCAGGUUCGGAUCCAGUUUGUCGAUGUUCGGCGCUAUGAAGGUCAGCCGGGACGCGUCGGUGUUGUCUCAUGUACACAUGGGAUCUACCAUGUCGCUCCGGAUGUACGCGAGACUGGGAAGCGCCGUGUCUGUACUGAACUUUUCGCAGUUCGGUUCGUCCAUGUCGAUCCGGAACUACGUCAGGUUCGGAUCUAGCUGCAGCUUGGUGCAGAGCUGGAAAAUGGCCCUCGACUUGUCCGUGUUAGGCGCCACGGAACUCGGGAGCUCGCUGUCCAUCAGAAGUUUCGUCCGUACCGGCAGUGUCACCAGUGUCCUGCAUUAUCUCGAGCUCGGAAGUUCCCUGUCGGUCAGACAGAACGGGCGGUUCAACAACAAGUUGUCUGUUUUAGAUUGCUUGCACCUCGGGGAAGAACUAUCCGUUCGGCAAGCCGCGCUCUGCGGCAGCUCAGCGUCGAUCUUCAACUUCCUCGCUCUUGGCAGUGGACUGUCCGUCCGCGCGUACGCGCGCCUCGGGUCUAAGGCGUCUAUCUGCGGUCUGAUGAAGGUCGGUUCCGUCGCGGCCUUCAGCUUGACGGAUACUGUGUCCGCAGGUUCGUCUCUAUCCCUCAGAAUGACGUCGAAGCUCGGGUCCUCCCUGUCGGUUUUGUCGAACCUCAGCAUGGGCUCGUCCAUCUCGCUAAGGAACUUCACCCGGUUAGGCUCCUCCGCCAGUUUGGCCGGUGCGGGUCUGAACAGCAUGCGGGGGGCGCUGUCGGUCCUGCGGGAAGUCUCCGUUGGCAGCAGUUUGUCCAUCCGUGCGUUCGCACGUACAGGUAGCUGCAUGUCGGUGCUGGACUUCACCAGUCUCAGCUCGAUGCUCAGCGUCAGAACGGUGUCCCGGCUCGGCAGUUCCUGCAGUGUGUACGUGGACGCCAGAUUGGGUACGAAGGCAUCCAUCUUGGACCAAGCAACCUUAGGUUCCAGCCUGUCCAUCCGCGGUAUGGUUCGGGUCCCGGCGACAGCCAGCGUCUACGACUGCUUGUCGCUCGGCAGCUCAUUGUCGCUCCGGGCGUUCGCGCGGUUCGGCAGCUCGGUGAGCGUGUUUGGGCUGACGAAAAACUACGGCAGUUGCUUCCGCCUGUCCGUGGUGGAUUACUUGACGCUGGGCUCCUCCGUCUCCAUCCGGGGCUGCCUGCGCGGAUCACUUUUGAGUAGCUCGAUGUUCGACUUCUUCACUUUAGGCAGCAGUUUGUCGCUCCGGAACUACCUGAGGCUCGGUUCGAGCGUAUCUCUCCUCGGGUUGACGAAGACUGGCGGGAGUGUGCACUGCAUGUCCGUGAUGAAUUUCGCGUGUCUCGGCUCCUCCCUGUCCGUCCGGUCCUUCGCGUCGUUCGGCUCCUCGGUUUCCGUUUUAAACCACAUCAACUUCGGGUCCAGCAUGUCCCUUCGGUGCUACGCGCGGUGCGGCAGCAGCCUGUCUUUGCAGGGCAAAGCGACGUUUCAAUCCUCCAACAGUGUGAUUGACUACGUGUCGUUCGGGUCCAGCUGCAGUUUGCGGUCGAGCGCGAAGCUGGGCAGCCGGAUCUCGACGUUAGGGUUCACGAACCUCGGCUCCGCUCUGUCCAUCCGGCAGUUUGGACGGUUCGGAUCUUCCUUGUCUGCCACCGGCUUGCACACGCACGUGAACCCGAGGGUGAGUCUGUUGGAGCAAAUCCAACUCGGCAGUUCCAUGUCUUUACGUGCGUUCACUCGUUUCGGCUCUAGCGUAUCUGUCCUGGACUUCCUCCAUCUCGGCAGCACUGUAUCGGUCCGAAACAUGGUUCGCGUGGGGUCCGGAUUCUCCGUCAUCGGACUCUUCCGGCCGGGCUCGGUGUUGAAAUUGUCCGUGAUUGACAUGAUGCAGUUAGGCAGCUCGGUGUCGGUCCGAUCUACCACCAGACUCUCGUCCGGCUUCAGCCUCUUGCAGUUCGUCCAGCUCGGGUCCAGUUUAUCCAUUCGCAGCCACGUUUACGCGGGCAUAAGGGCGAGUGUCAUGGACUGCAUGGCCUUGGGAAGCACGCUGUCGAUCCGUGCCGCAGUGCGGCUCGGGUCGGGUGUUUCCGCGUUCGGGUUGUCCCGAUGUGGAAGUAUCAUUUUGACUUCGAUUUACGACACGGCGCUUCUCGGAUCGUCAUUAUCUGUCCGGGGGGUCACGAAGUUCGGGUCUUCCUGCUCCUUCUGCGACUACCUCGGAUUAGGGUCGACUUUGUCCCUCCGGACGUUCGCGCGGUUCGGCUCCGGCCUGUCCGCGAAGGGCGCGAUCGAGUGCGGCAGCGUGAUGCGGACGUCUGUUCUGGACUUCUUAACCCUCGGGAGCAGUAUUUCGGUCCGAUCCCACAUCCGGAUGUCAGGCACGUUAAGUCUCCUCGACACGCUCGCUUUAGGUAGCCAGCUGUCCCUCCGCGCGGUGGCGCAACUCGCGUCGGCGUGCAGCGUGUUCCGCGGCCAGGCGUGCGGGGGAAUAUCGAUGAGCGUGUUGGAUUUCCUUCACAUCGGCAGCACACUCUCCGUCCGGUCGAAGGUGAACUUGGGAGAAACAACGUCGCUGUUCUGCCACUUGUUGGUAGGGAGCUCUGUAUCUAUCCGCAGCUUCUCGCGGAUGGGAAAAACCUUGUCCGUGUUGGAUGCGGUGCACUUCGGAUCCACGCUCUCCUUCCGCCAGUUCGCCAGACUCGGCUCCAGUCUGUCCGCAGCGGGGGUAACGGAUUUGAGUCAGCAACUGUCCGUUCUUGACCACGUUGCACUCGGCUCCGCGUUCAGUUUGCGGAACUUCGGGAGAAUUGGAAAUGCGCUGUCGACUUUACAGUUUGUCCACCUCGGUAGCACGAUUUCGCUGCGAUCAACCGUCCGGAGUGGGAGCCGCCUGUCUUUGUUGGACAAUUUGGAGCUCGGUUCGUCCAUGUCUCUACGUGCAAAUGCGCGCAUCGGCUCGACCUUCAGCGUGCUUGGGAAAAGCCGGCAUGGUAUGCGGAUUUCCUUGUUGGAUUUUUUCCAGCUCGGGAGUUCGUUGUCCCUCCGGUCUUCCACCUUCUGCGGCAGCGCGAUCAGUGUAUUAGAUGCGGCCCUUCUCGGCUCCACAGUCUCGCUCCGCAGCCAGAUGCGGCUCGGUGGGUUGUACUGCAGCGUAUUCGACGCGACCAGUUUAGGUUCCUCGCUCUCCAUGCGGGCCAACGUCCGGUGCGGCAGUACUUUAUCCGUGUUCGGUGCGGGCUGCGUGGGUAGUCUUACCAAACUCUCGAUCAUCGGCGCCACUGCGAUGGCCAGCUCGCUGAGUCUGAGACACGUUGCCCAGAUGGGGAGUCGCUGCUCGGUUUUGGACUUCCUCUCAAUCGGAUCUUCUAUCAGCGUCCGCGCGGCAACAAAGCUGGGCUCGACCUUCUCGAUCUUCACGUUGAAAAGCAAGAACGCGGUUCUCGGUGGGGCGAUGAGCGUCUUGGACGUUCUGGAACUCGGCUCGUCCUUCUCCGUCAGAAGUAUGCAGAAGUGCGGCAGCCGAUUUUCCGCCCUGGACUUUCUGCAGCUCGGGUCCUCCAUGAGCAUCCGCAAUUACCUCCGCCUCGGCUCCGGCUUCUCCAUGAGCGGCCAGAUGAAGAUGCUGGGCAGUUGUCUGACGUGUUCUGUGUUGGACGCGACGCAGCUCGGGAGUUCCUUGUCCGUCAGAGGGAGAUCAAGAUUCGGCUCUACCGUUUCCAUGUACGACGCUUUUCUCAUGGGAUCAUCUCUCUCCCUCCGCAGUUACGCCAGAACGGGCAGCGGGUUAUCCCUCACCGGGUUUUCCUUCGUCAACAGCUGCAUGUCGGUGUUGGAGCAGGUCGUCUUCGGGUCCACGAUGUCGCUGCGCACGUUCGGAAGGUUUGCGGGGCAGAUUUCCGUUUUCGACAGUGUUUCAGUCGGAUCCUGUUUAAGUGUGCGCACAUACUGCAGAAUUGGAUCUUCUCUAUCCAUCACCGGCUCGUCCCAGUGCGGCAUCAAGUGCUCGGUUCUGGACCGCGCGCACCUCGGGUCGUCGAUCAGUCUCCGGGCCUUCGGCCGAGCGGACUCAGGCAUUUCGAUUCUGAACUUCGGCAAUUUCGGCUCUGCCUUGAGCAUCCGCGCACUGACGCGGAUCGGAUCCGGCGUCUCCGUCCACGGGCAGAUGAACGUGCUCGGCUCCUGUCUGCGUUUAUCCGUCAUCGACUGCAUGAAUCUGGGAAGUUCGCUGUCCGUGCGCACGCUCGCGCGGCAGCAGGCGUCGUGCAGUGUGCUGGACUGCUUCAACCUGGGAAGCUCCAUGUCCGUACGCACGUUUACACGCAUGGGGGAACAGGCUUCGAUUCUCAGCUUCGUCGAUUUAGGCAGCACGUUGUCUGUCCGAAGUCGGUCGAGAGUGAGCAUGCGCUGCUCCACGUUUGACGCGGUCUCCCUCGGGUCGAUGUUGUCCAUCAGAAGCUUCGUCCGGGCCGGUUCCGGCUUAUCCGUCUUCACAAACUACAUGGCCGGCUCCUCGCUUUCCGUGCUAGACAGCACGCAGGUCGGGAGCUGCAUGUCGGUCCGCGCCAUGGCCCGACUGGGGUCGUACGUCAGUAUUUUCGACUUCUUGGGGCUUGGUAGCGCGGUGUCGGUGCGGGCAGUUUCCAGACUCGGCUCUUCCACCUCCAUCUUCGGCGAGUCGCGACUGGGCUCGAGACUGUCCGUUUUAAGUUUUAUGACGAUCGGUUCGACAACCAGUCUGCGGGCGCACGGGAAAUUGGGCAGCCGCAUGUCGGUCUUGGACUUCAUGUCCAUCGGCAGCUGUUUAUCGCUUCGCUCAGUUGGCCGUUGCUCCUCCCAACUCUCGACCCUGCAGUAUACCACCCUCGGCAGCUCGUUGUCGCUCCGGGUGUGCGGCAAGGUCGGCGAGAAAAUUUCCCUCCUGGAUUACAGCCACUUCGGGUCCUGCGUCUCAAUCCGGCCAUUAGUGCGUGUCGGCAGCGCUUUCUCGGUUGCGGGGACGUUUGCGGUCGGCUCGGCGUACAAUUUGUCCGUCAUGCACCAGGUGGAACUGGGGAGCAGCAUGUCCAUGCGCAGCUUCGGCCAGGCGGGCAAGAACUUGUCCAUGCUCAACUUUGUCAACCUCGCCUCCGGGAUUUCGCUCCGUGCGUUCACACGCGCCGGAAGCAGCGUGUCCUUGUUGUCAAGAGUGAUUGCGACGGGCAAAGCGUCUCUAUUGAACAUGGUAACAACCGGCUCGGCGCUGUCCGUCCGGACCUAUUGCCGGGUGGGGAGCGGUUUGUCGAUCCUGGCGAAGGGCGUUGCGAGCGGUGCCGGGUUGUGCUCCGUGUUGGAUAAGGUCACCUUCGGAAGCACUUUGUCUCUCCGCGGCGCGACGGUUAAAUUUGGCCACCGACUGUCCGUGCUCGACCACCUCGCAAUGGGUUCCGCCUUGUCUGUACGAAGCUUCGUGCAGGCGGGAAGCAGGUUUUCGUUGCUCGACAUGUGUCAACUUGGAUCCAGCUUGUCCCUCCGCGCCUGCGGCAGGAUCGGGUCCGGAUUGUCGAUCAUGAGCAACACCAGAGUCGGCUCCGUGUACAGGUUGUCCGUCGUGACCUCGACCAUCCUCGCUUCCUCCUUAUCCGUGCGGGGAUUCGUGAAGGCGCACAGCGGCACAAGCAUCCUCGGGUUCUUGCAACUCGGCAGCACCUUGUCCAUUCGGGCAGUGACGCGAAUCGGAUCCGGUCUGUCUAUCGGCGGACGGUCGCGGAUCGACAGUACUUGCUCGGUUUUGCAGCAAAUUGAGCUUGGCAGCUCCAUGUCGUUGCGGAGUUCUGCGCGUCUCGGGUCAAAAUUGUCGACAUUAUGCUUUGUCGCACUGGGUUCCAGUCUCAGCAUUCGGUCCUACGCACGAUUCGGCAGCGGUUUGUCCGCGCACGGCUUGCUCACUAGCACCGGAUCGGUGUACCGGUUGUCCGUCAUUGACCACCUACAUCUCGGAUCCAGCUUGAGCGUCCGCAACAAAGCCCGCGCCGGUCAUCGAGUCUCCGCCUUGGGCUUCGUGCAGCUGGGGUCGAGCCUGUCUGUCCGUACCUUCGCGCGCCUGGGCAGCAAAUGUUCGGUCGUCGGUUUGGAAUCCAUGGGCUCCUGCAAGUCCGUCUCCGUGAUUGACUUUGUGCAGCUCGCCUCCUCGGUCAGCAUGCGCAGCUUCUCGCGGAUGGGGGCAGACCUCAGUAUUCUCGAUUCCGUCGUGUUCGGAUCGAGCUUGAGUCUACGAGGAAGCUUCAAGAGCAUGGGUUUGCACACGACAAGCUUGUUGAACUUCGUCACCCUGGGAAGUACGAUUUCCGUCCGCCACUGCGGUUUAUUGGGCUCGCGCGUCUCGGUCUUAGAUCAGCUGAACCUCGGUAGCAGCAUGAGCAUUCGCAGCUUCUUGCGCAGUGGGUCCACGGUGUCCUGUCUUGGAAGCACCGUCUUCGGCGGACGAUGCUCGGUCUUGAGCCAACUCGAACUCGGCAGCAGCUUUUCGCUAAGGCGGACUGCUAGAAUGGGGAAAUCGCUGUCCGUACUCGACGCGGUCUACCUCUCGUCCAGCUUGUCUCUCCGAGCGUAUGUGAGAACUGGAUCAACCUUAUCCGUGAUCGGCUUGACCAAGCUCGGCAGCUGCUGCAGACUGUCGAUUCUGAACCAGGUCGAGCUGGGAAGCUCCAUGUCGAUGCGGCAGGUGAUGCGUUUGAGCUCCAGCAUUUCGAUGUUCGACUACAUGGCGCUCGGGUCCACCAUUUCCCUCCGGGCGAUCUCCCGCCUCGGCAGCACGGUCUCCGUCUUCGGAGCGAGUUCUAGGAUCGGGGACUGUCUGUCCAUCUUGGGGUCGGUUUCGCUUGGAAGCGCUCUGUCGUUACGAAGCAUGUGCCGCCUGGCGGACUCCCUCUCCGUGUUCGACAACGUGGAGUUAGGAAGCAGUUUGUCUGUACGGAAUGUGAUCCGGUUCGCCGGCCGCUGCUCCGUCUUCGACCACUUCACCUGCGGGUCCAGCGUGUCGAUCAGAGCGUUUGUACGCCUCGGAAGCUCGUUGUCCGUGAUCCACAACACGCGCUGCUUCGGUUCCUGCUACCGCGCUUCGGUGGUGAGCUACCUGGCGCUGGGGAGCAGCAUGAGCCUGCGCGGGGUGGCGCGGAUGGGAUCGACCUUGUCCGUGUUCGACUUCUGCGCAUUGGGGUCCACCGUGUCGAUUCGCGCGUAUAACAGAAUUGGCAGCGGGCUCUCCCUGUUCAACAAGGCUAGAUUCGGGUCCGAGUUCAGUCUGCUUGAUUCCAUCACGCUGUCCUCAUCUUGCAGUCUGCGCAGUAAAGCGCAGCUCGGCAGCACGUUCUCGCUAUUGGACUACCUGAACAUGGGAAGUUCCUGUAGCGUGCGGUGCCUGGCGAGACUCGGGUCUAGCCUCUCCCUCACCGGGAACUUUGAGCACAGCCGCGGAGAAUUGUCGAUUCUGGACUACGGCUUCACGGGUUCUGCUUUAUCCGUCCGGUCGCACACGCGGAUGGCGGCGACGUGCAGUGUCGUGGACAUGACGAUUCUCGGAUCGAGUUUAUCCUUGCGGAACUUCGUCAAGGUCGGAACAUCUCUUUCUACCUUCGACUACUUCAACAUCGGCAGCACGAUUUCGCUCCGGUCCACCGCCAGAUCGGGGAGUCAGGUGUCCGUCCUGAACUUCAGCAAUUUGGGGUCAUCUCUCUCCGUCCGGAACUACGCAAGACUCGGUCAUUCACUCUCCGCGCUCGGACGGGCGGAUCUGGGGAGUGUUUACCGGGUGAGUGUGAUGGAGUGGACAACGGUUUCUUCCAAUUUAUCCCUCCGCAGCUUCGCGCGGUUCGCCGGCGAACCCUCGAUUUUGGAUACCUUCCACAUGGGAAGCUCCCUGUCCCUCCGCGGGUACGUGCGGAUCGCGAAGUCGAUCUCCAUUUGCGGACCGGAAGCUAGAUUCCGCGGCGGCACCUCCGUCCUCGACAUGUGCGCGAUCGGGAGCAGUCUGUCUGUCAGAAGGAUUCUUGAAGUCGGAACGAGAUUUUCGGUGCUGAACUUCGCGCAUUUAGCGAGUGGCGCGUCGAUGCGCAACAUGUGCCGGGUUGGUUCGAGCUGCAGUUUACUUGCGGUUGCGAGAUUGUCAAGCUCGCUCUCCGUGAUCGACAGCAUUUUGCUCGGCAGCUCUUUAUCCGUUCGCGCGCACGUGCGCUGCUCGAUGGGCGCUUCUGCCUUGCACUUCGGGCACAUCGGGUCGACGUUGUCACUCCGGAGUUUCAUUCGUGUUGGAUCGAACCUGUCCGUGAAGGGGUUGCUCCAGAUCGGCAGCUGCAAUCGGGCGUCCGUGAUCGAUUAUCUCCAUAUGGGAAGCACGGUUAGUCUCCGUACGGUUGCUAGGUUCAGCAGCGCUAUUUCCACCCUGAACUUCGUGUCCAUCGGCAGCUCGUUAUCCCUCCGGACCUUCACGCGACUCGGGUCGGCGUUCUCCGUCUUCAGCGAAGCGAACGCAGUCCGGUGCAUGACGAGCUUUUCCGUGUUGGACGGCGUGUCUUUAGGGUCGGCUUUGUCCUUGCGGUCCUGCAUGAAGGUCGGUAGCAUGUGCAGCACCCUGAACAUGGUGUUGCUCGGAAGCUCUUUGUCCGUGAGACAAUACGCCCGCAUCGGAAGCGGUCUGUCCACGAAUGCACAAACCCGGUUUGGCGAGAAGAUGAGCGUUUUGUCGUUCGCGAGCCUGGGCUCCAGCUUGUCCUUAAGGUCUAACAUCCGUGGCGGCGCUGCCUUGUCGCUCGUGAACUUCUGCCACAUGGGAUCAAGCUUAUCUGUCCGGUCGUUCGCCAGGUGCGGCUCGAGUUUGUCUGCCUUCGGGUUACAUACCCACGGGUCGACCAUGAAGAUGAGUGUGAUCCAGUAUUUAACAAUGGGUUCCAGCAUCUCGAUUCGGUCCUUCGUCAGAACCUCCUGUCGCGCCAGCGUCCUCGAUUGCCUCCACAUGGGAUCCGCACUCUCCAUCCGGACGUCCGCGCGCUGCGGCAGCAGUACCUCCGUGUUCGGCCGUUGUUUUGUGCAAAGUAGUAAAAGUACGUCCGUGCUCGCCUUUGUACAUCUCGGCUCCAGCUUCUCGCUGCGCGGACAGAAGGUGAAUUUCGGGAACACGAUGUCCGUCUUGAAUUUCAACAACUUGGGUAGUUCUCUUUCCAUCCGGAAGUUCGCGCGAAUCGGCUCCGGCUUGUCCUGCAUCGGUAGCACGGCGAUUGGGUCCUGCCAAAACUGCUCCGUCGUCAACUUCACAACUGCAGCGUCGACACUAUCUCUCCGCAGCACGGGCAGACUCGGCGGCCCGCUGUCGUUAUUGACCUUCACGCAUUUGGCUUCCUCGGUCUCGGUAAGAUCCGUCGGUAGAUUGAGUUCCAGCUGCAGCGCACUCGGCUUGGCGAAGAUGGAAGACAGAUUGUCGGUAUUAGACUACCUCGCGCUCGGGUCCAGCAUUUCCAUCCGCGGCGUCGGGCAGAUGCAGGGGAAGAUGAGCGUUUUGAGCUUCACGUUCUUGCGCUCUUCUGUCUCCCUCCGAUCCUUCUGCCGAAUCGGGUCUGGUGUCUCCGUCCGCGGGCUUCUCGCCGCGGGCUCCUGCUUCGCGAUGUCCGCUGUUGACUAUCUACACAUCGGCAGCAGUCUCUCGCUCCGCGCGUACGCCAAACUAGGAUCCGUGCUGUCCGUGAUUGACUUCGUCAACGUCGGAUCCAGCUUGUCCACCCGGGCGUUUACGCGGAAAGGUAGCAGCUUAUCGAUUUUCGCUUCUGCGAACGCUGGUGGUACGCUCUCCGUGCUGCAGCAGAUCCAUUUGGGGUCCUCGUUAUCGGUUCGAAAAGUCAGCCGGUUUGGUAGCUGUUGCUCCAUGUUGAACUUCGCGCACUGCGGGAGUCAGAUGAGCAUCCGGCAGUACCUGCGGGUGGGCAGCAGCUUCUCGAUCAACAAGCAGGUGAUGCAAAGAUCGCGUCUUUCCAUCCUCGACGAGCUCCAUUUAGGGUCGUCCCUCUCGGUCAGAGCGGCCGGCAGUUUAAUCCGGGCGGCCUGCGGGGUGUCAGUCCUAGACGCCGUCUACCUCGGCAGCACCAUGAGCUUGCGGCGCAUGACCAAGUUCGGCGACGCGAUUAGUGUGGUUGACGCGGUCAUGCUGUCGUCUACUCUCUCUUUGCGGAACAAAAUGCGGGUUGGCUCCGCGAUGUCUAUUUUGGACUUCGUGCACUGCGGCAGCGCGUUAUCCAUUCGCCAAUCGAUGCGACUCGGGUCCAGUAUGUCGGUCCACGGCGUUGUGGAGAUCGGCUCCGUGCAAAAAUUGUCCGUCGUCGGGUUCUUCGGCAUGGGCAGCUCUCUCUCCCUCCGGACCUUCGCCCGGUUCGGCCAUAGUAUUUCCGUUCUGGACAACACGGUUUUGGGGAGUAGCAUGAGCUUACGGUCUCUCAUCCGGUUCGGCGCGCAGGCGAGCGUGCUCGACUUCGUCCACCUCGGGUCCAACAUCAGCGUCCGGGCGCACGCGCGUCUGGGUUCGACGUUGUCGGUAGCCACCGCGGGGUUGUAUGCGAGCGGAAACCGGCUUAGUUUGGAUUCCUUUUCUGAAGUCGGGCCGCAGAUGUCCCUGUUCGGCACGGCGUCGUUGGGUAGUUCGUUGUCUUUGAGAAUGAUCGCGCGGAUGGGAAAAUCCUGCUCCACCUUGAACUACGCGAUGUUUGGCAGUACCUUGUCGAUCCGUUCGUACCUCCGGCUGCAGUCGGGCUUAACCGUGAUCGGCGCGGCGCGGGUCGGCAUCAAGGAAACCUCUCUGAUGGACUUCGUCGGUUUGGGGAGCUCAUUGUCCAUCCGAUCUGUCGUCCGCGCAGGGAAGGGGUUGAGUGUGUUGGAUCAAUCCAGACUCGGAAGCACGAUUAGUUGCCGUGCGUUCGUCCGCACCGGGAAAAGAAUGCAGGUGACGAGUAGCGUGACCUCCGGCGAGAACCUUUCCGUCCUGGAGCAGCUCCACCUCGGAUCUUCUUUGUCUCUACGGGGUAGAAGAUUUAACGUCGGAAACCACUUGUCCGUCAUGGAUUCCGUCUCGCUUGGUAGCAGUUUAUCUCUUCGGGCCAGCUUCCGCGCGGGCACGAAGUUCUCCGUUUUGGACUACUGCGGCAUGGGCUCCUCGAUGUCUAUCCGACACUACUGCAGGAUUGGGUCCGCUCUUUCCGUGUCCCUGCUCUGCCUGAAGGGGUCGCUGAACAACUUGUCCAUGAUGAACAUGCUCAAUUGCGGCUCCAGUCUGUCUGUCCGGAGCUUCGCGAGACUCAGCAGCGCGGUCUCGUUGUUAGACUUCACGACCAUCUCCUCCGCGAUUUCGAUCCGCUCGAUCGCGAAACUCGGCAGCAGCUACUCCAUCGUCGGAUCUUUGCAGACCGGAAAACCAACGUGUAACACCAGCGUGCUGAACUUUGUGACCGUCGGCUCGAGCUUGUCGGUUCGGCAAAAAUGCGUUUCGUCGUCGAGAUUGUCUCUUCUCGACUACGUGCAGUUCGGGUCCGCACUCUCCGUGCGCCAGUACAUGCGCUGCAGCAGCAGUCUCUCCGUCAAGAGCAUUGUCAGGACCGGCUCGGUGUACGCCUUGUCCGUGAUGCACUUCAAGACCUACGGCAGCUCUUUAUCUUUGAGAACUUUCUCAAAGCUCGCGGCAAGGACCUCCGUCAUCGACUGCUUGAAUCUCGGCUCCGCAAUGUCCAUCCGGGCGUUCGCGCGUUUGAGCUCGGGGUUGUCGGUGCGUGGAGAUGGCAGGCAAGGUGGAUUGCAGAUUUCCAUCUUAGGUUGGAUGAAGGCCGGAUCCAGCAUGUCCAUGCGGUCUUUAGCAAGGUUCGCCUCGGCGUUGUCGGUUUUGUCAGCCGUCGAUGUUGGAUCUAGCAUGAGCAUCCGCCAGUUCAUCCGUCUCGGGAACGCGUGCAGCAUGCAGGGCCACGUGUACACGGAUAAGAUGUAUUCCCGCCUCUCCGUGAUGGAGUACGUGAGAUUAGGAAGUUCCAUGUCCGUCCGGUCCACCGUCCGCCUCGGCGGCAGCAUGUCGCUGCUCGACUACGCGCAGUUCGGCAGCAGUAUCUCCAUCCGGGCGGCUGUCCGCAUGUCUGGUGGCGUUUCCAUUCUAGGUAACGCGCGCGUGGAGAGCCAGUGCAGUGUCCUCUGCAUGGCCAGUCUCGGCAGCAACUUGUCUGUCCGAACAUCCAGCCGGAUGUCGUCCCGAGCGUCGGUGUUGGACUUCCUGUCCGUGGGAUCUGCACUCUCUAUGCGCAGCUGCUUCCGGUACGCGUCCGCAGUGUCCGUCCUCGGCGCUGCGAUACUCGGCAGUUCGCAGCUGGCCGGCCGCGGCAUCGGCAUGAGCAUCAUCAACUCCGUCAACGUCGGAUCUUCGCUGUCCGUCCGGUCCACGGCUAGAUUGGCGAACAAGAUCAGCGUUUUGUCCUUCCUCCACUUGGGCAGCACCUUCUCUUUGCGGAAAAAUCUCGCCAUGAGCGGGAAUCUCUCCGUGCUGGACUACACGCAUUUGGGCUCUUCCGUCAGCUUACGGUCCACCGCGCGGGUCGGCGGGUUUCUGUCCGUGCUGCACGUGACGAACAUCGGUUCGGGUAUGUCCAUCCGGUCGUUCUCCAGGAUGCACUCCGGUGUGUCUUGCGUCGGGUUGUUCGCGUGCAAUUCCGCAUUGCAACUUUCCGUGAUGCACACGGCGUCGGUCGGGAGCAGCAUGUCUUUAAGGACUUUUGCUAGACACAGCAAUGCGUUGUCCGUUUUGGAUGCGGUGACGCUCGGGUCUUCCUUAUCUCUGCGGCAGCUGGCGGCUCGGUGCGGCUCACGGUUGUCGGUGUUGAACUUCGUUUGCAUCAGCAGCGGUUUGUCCGUACGGGCGACUUGCAGGUCGGGCGGGAAAACCUCCCUUGCGGAUUAUUUCGGCCUCGGAUCGUCUCUGUCGCUCCGGGCGUUCGCGCGCGUUGGCAGCAGCAUUUCGGUGUUCGAAUUUGCCACCGUCGGGUCGUCGUUCUCCCUCCGGUCCUCCGUCCGCAUGGGUAGUAGAUUGUCCAUCGUUGACUUCCUGCACAUUGGCAGUGCGUUAUCCAUCCGUGGCUACACGCGGGUCGGCAGCAGUUUGUCCCUCGCGGGUGGUGCGAAGCUGAACUGCCAGAAGAGGCUCUCAGUCCUGGAUUUCUUAUCCAUCGGGUCCUCCACCUCUGUCCGGGCGAUUUCCAAGACGGGGUCGAGAUGUAGCUUGUUGAACUUUCUAGAACUGGGCAGUUCGGUCAGUUGCAGAUCCAUCGGGAAGAUUUCCUCCGGAUUAUCCGUCGUUGGAACUAGCAGGGCUUGUGGCGCACUCUCCGUCCUCUCCUUCGGCAUCCUCGGGUCGAGUCUCUCUAUCCGCUCCGCCGUCGCCGUCGGGGAGCGCGCCUCGGUGCUCGACUUCCUGCACAUUGGCAGCGCGAUGUCCGUGAGGUGCGGCAUGAAGUUCGGCACUUACUUCUCGAUGCUGAGUUACUGCUCUCUCGGAUCCGCCUUAUCCGUCCGCGGGUACGCGAAGUUCGGCGAGAAAGUUUCCAUCCUCAACUUUGUUGAGGCCGGCAGCUCCCUCUCGAUGCGCAACUUCAUCAAGGCGGGCGACAGCUACAGCUCGGUCGGUUUGAACUUUGUCGGGUCGGCUUUGCGGCUGUCCGUCAUGAACUUCGUGCAGCUCGGCUCCUCCGUCUCGUUGAGAUCGCAAGCGCGACUCGGCUCCCGACUUAGCGUUCUCGACUUCAUGAACAUCGGAUCCGCCAUGUCGGUCCGCAACUCGGCGAGAUUCGGCAGCAACUGCAGUGUGCUGGAUACGUUCAACCUCGGGUCCGCACUCUCGUUACGGUCGUACGCCAACGUUGGUAGCAGAAUGUCGAUUAUGGACUUCUUGCACAUGGGCUCCUCGUUCUCCUUACGUAGCUUCGGAAAACUGGGGACCAAAGCCUCGAUUCUGGACAGCAGCACGCUCGGAAGUGGUUUGUCGCUCAGGAGUUUUACCAGAACAGGCUCGCGAUUCUCCACCUUCGACUUCUUACAGCUCGGAUCCACUAUGUCUCUGCGAUCUUACGUCCGCAUCGGCUCUGCGUUCAGCGUCCACGGUUGUCUAAGAACUGGCUCGGUGACCUCCAUGUCGGUGCUGGAGCGCCUGACAUUAGGAAGCAGUUGCUCCUUACGGUGCUUCGCCAACUUCGGCAGUCGGCUGUCCUUGUUCGAUUCCAUCGCCAUGGGCAGCUGUUUGUCUCUCCGGAACUACGCGCGCGUCGGCUCGUCCGCGUCUAUCCUCGGAUCUCUGACGAUGAGCGGAAGGAUGAGCGUAUUAGACGCCACGUCUUUGGGUAGCAGCUUCUCGCUCCGGUCAUUGAUCCGGGUGGGAGGAACUACCUCACUAUUCGACUUCGUCAACACAGGCAGUGCACUCUCCGUCCGCGCCAUCGCCCGCUGCGGCAGCGGUUUCAGUGUGGCGGGGAGUAAUAGACUGGGGAGUCGGUGCUCCGUGUUUUCCCAGUUGCAUCUCGGUUCCUCUUUCUCCAUCCGGGCACAAAGUAGACUCGGCGACGCGUUGUCGGUUCUGCAGUUUGUCAACAUGGCCAGCUCCGUCUCCUUGCGGAACUUCGCGCGGUUCAGCUCCACUUUGUCGAUCUUCGACGCGGUUGUUCUCGGCUCGUGUUUAUCCAUGCGCAGCCACGCUAGGUUCGGCAGCUACUGCAGCGUGCUGAACUUCGCGAACCUCGGGUCCAGCAUGUCCAUUCGCAGCUACAUCCGGAUCGGGUCGUCGUGUUCCGUCCACAGCGCAUCCUUUUUGGGAUCCGUCUACCGAUUGUCUGUCAUCGACGCGGUGUCUUGCGGGAGUAGUUUGAGCGUAAGGAAUCUUAUGCAGUGCGGCAACAAGUUCUCCGUGUUGGACUCGAUCUACCUCGGAUCCAGCCUAUCCUUGCGCAGCUACAUGAAAGCGGGGAAUCGUGUCUCCUUACUUGACGCAUUGACGCUCGGAUCCUCCAUGUCCAUCCGCGCGGGCAUCCGUGCGAUGCCGGGGAAAAUGUCGGUGCUGAGCUUCGUGCAUCUAGGGAGUAGCUUGUCCGUCCGGUCAGUCUGCAAUGUCGGGUCGAGAUCCAGCGUGUUGAACUUCCUCGCGUUAGGGUCAAGUUGCUCCAUCCGGUGCCAGAGCAGAUUGGGCGACAGAUUGUCUAUUUUAGACUUCUUAGCCCUCGGUUCCACGGUCAGCAUCCGUUCGUUUGUCCGGUGCGGCUCGAGUUUGAGUGUAACCGGUUACGUGCGGUCGCAUGAGGGCAAGGUGAACAAAUUAUCCGUCGUCCACAUUGCGGACCUGGGGUCGACUCUGUCGUUACGGUCUAUGGCGCGAAUGGGGAGCAGCAUGUCGGUCCUGGACUUCGUCACCCUCGGCUCAAAUCUGUCGGUGCGGCAGUUCGCGAGAUUAGGCAGCUGCUUGUCCAGCAACGGGCAGACGCGGUUGGGUUCCCGAGGCUCGGUCCUGGACUACCUCAGUAUGGGAUCGACUUUCAGCGUACUGAUUGUUUUUUUUGCUUUUUUUGUUGAAUGAUGAUGAGUAGAUGUAGAUAUGUUGUCGUGCUGUCUAGGCGAAUGAGCUUGUGGCAUGGAAGUAAAACGUUGUCCACCAUGUAGUAUUCCUGCAAAAAGCUUUUAACCUCCAAAAAACAUUGCAAAACAGAUUCGCGGCAUGUCAAGAGUCCACUGGAAAUGUUCGGUCCUGAGCUUCGUCAACCUGGGCAGCUCCAUGAGCUUGCGCUCGGUUGCGAGACUCGGAUCCGCAUUCAGCGUCGCGGGCACUGGAACCACGGGGAAGAUCACGUUCAUGAGCAAGUGCUCCCUGCACAGCCGUGUCGAACUGGGAUCCAGUCUGUCUGUCCGGAGCUUCGUCCGAUUCGGCAGCAGAAUCUCGGUAUAAUUUUCGAAACUUGAAGAUCAUGAGUAAAUGCAAAACACAAGAAAAACUAAAAACACGACCAUACUUGUUCACUGAGUUGUGCAAAGAGCAAAACUUCAUUUCGCACUAGUGCCAGAUGAAAACAACAACUUGAAAACAAACUUCCACAAACAGGUUCUCGACCACCUUGCCCUGGGUUCCUCCUUCUCCCUGCGUGGACACGUCAAACCAGGAGCGGCGUUUUCGACCCUGUCGUUUACGCAUUUGGGCUCCUCGCUGUCCAUGCGGAAAGUCGUGAAGAUUGGUAGCAGCGCUUCCGUCAUAAACUUCGCCAGCCUGGGAUCCGCGCUGUCGGUACGACAGUUCAGUCGCUGCGGUUCUACCAUGAGCGUCCGGGGCUGCUCGACCUGCGGCGGGCUGGGGAGUGUCUACAAGCUCUCGGUCAUCAACGAAGUGCUCAUGGGUACGUGGUUUUUUUGUUUUCAUCGAUAGAGAAGGCUGAGCGGUUCUUUCCGCGUUUCAAAAAUGCAGUUACAGACUUCGCUCUACUGCCACGAAAUGUUAAAUAGAUCAAGACUCCAGACUCUAGAAGAAGAAUCUGAAUGCUACGCUUGCGCCAUACCUACAGAUAAAAUACAACAUCAAAACCAAAAAUCAAAAACCCCACAGGUUCCGCCCUCUCCCUGCGGCAGUUUGUGAAGUGCAGCUCCUUCAUCAGUGUGAUGGACGCGGCUCACAUGGGAUCGGCCUUGAGCGUCCGGCGGUGCAGUACAUUACAUAACACGCUUUCCAUCCUCCAGUUCUGCAGCCUCGGCUCCAACAUUUCGCUGCGGGCUGCGACGAGACUGCAGGGCGGAAUGGGGCUGUCGGUUUUGGACUUCGUCCAAAUGGGUAUAGAACUUUCAGCUCUUUCGAUGUUUUCUUCUCACGUUCUUUCAGCUUAUCGAAUAGCAAUCGCAAUGAUUUUUGCGCGUUUUCUAUGCAACUUUGUUUGAGGAAUUUCUAUCCUUGAUGAACUUGACUGCAAAAAAGAAUACAUACAAUAAUUGAUGAAAAUAUCCCGAAAUAAACUACUACAACAGGUUCUUCCUUCUCUGUGAGGACAAAUACGAGGUUCGGGAGUCGAUGCUCCGUUCUCGACGCCACAAGUCUCGGAUCGUCCCUGUCCUUGAGGACCAUGAGUACUUGACUUGUCCUUUUUUGUUGUCGAAUUAUAUGCGUCGCCCUAUAAGGAAAAAACUGGAUUUUAUGAAUGCUGAAUGAGGUAAGAAACCAGAUCUGCAACUGUCAUGCUGUACUACGAUUAUCACAAAAACAAAACAGACCGGCUUGGUGGCACGAUGUCCGUCCUGGACUUCGUGAACAUGGGUUCCUCGGUCUCCGUUCGUGGCUUCGCCCGCUUCGGAUCGACUCUUUCGGUCGUCCACGGCAAAUUCGGAUCGGUAUUUAAGAAUGCUUUUUGAUUUUGUCAUGCACAUGCUGAUUCUCCAAUUCACGAAUGAAAUCUGUUACGCAUGUCAUGCGCUUGCGAAAUGAAAAUGAAACCAAAGUCCAACCAGCUCACUUUAUCAGUCACAAAGCACUUCCAAAAUAAAAACCACACAGGCCCUGAACGUGCGCAGCACGAUUAGUGCCUCGAAUUUCGCCCACAUCGGCAGCACGAUCUCCCUCCGCGGGUACAUGAAAAUCGCCGAUAGAAUGAGUCUGGUUGAUUUCCUGGAACUCGGAUCCGCUCUUUCCGUCCGGUCCUUCUGCCGCGUGGGGAGCGGAGUCAGCGCGACGGGAACGUCAACCUGCCUCAACAUCGGGGCGUCGCACAUGACCCGACUCAGCUUGAUGGAGAACCUGAACCUCGGCAGCGCCAUGUCCCUCCGGAGUUCCAUGCGCUUCGGGGGCAGGGCGUCCGUGCUCGACUACGUGUCGCUCGGAUCAAGUAUUUAAAGAACUGGAUUCGUUUUCUUUGUUUUUGUUAGGCUUCUCUUUUAGAACAUUCUGCUGAUCAUGUCAGAGCAUUCAAAUUAUUGCGUACAGGCGGUAGUUAUUUCGAUGCAAAUGGAGUAGCAUUUGAAAAAAUUUUCAAAAAUCAGGUGUAUCCAUGCGCGCUGUAAUGCGUCUGGGCUCUACGCUGUCCGUUAAUGGUCUCGGUCCGCUGAAUAGCCACGGCCUGUCCGUCAUCACCUCAUGCACAUUGGGCAGCGCGCUCAGCCUCCGAGCAAAGUCAAUGUAUUGAUGAUUUUUUUGUUGUUGCCCUUGCCUAGCUUUAGUUGUUGCUUUUUCACCAGUGCAAAUGUAUUCGGCGUGCUACUGAAAAAACUCGAAGACAAAAACCCAACACAAAAAAUGAACAGUGGCGCCAAGUGCCUGUCCGUGAUAAAUAUGGCGGUGCUGGGCAGCACCCUCUCCGUGCGAGGCUUGAAACGUAUUGGCAGCCGGUCUUCGGUGUGCAACUUCCUGGCGCUGGGGUCCACGCUGUCCGUCAGGGCGUACAUGCGGGUAGGAAGUGCUGUCUCCGUGGUGGGUGGUCCCACGACCACGUCGGGCUCCGUCAGCAUCCUGAGAUCACGUACUAAUAAGUCGUUGUUUUGAUGUGUAUCUGUUCCAUCAUCUACUCCUCGCGAACGGAUAAAGAAGUUUUACAGUGAGUCAUUCUUUUGCUCAUCUUUGUCGAAACAAACUCGUCCCCGAUAGUCAAGACACAAAAAUUUUUGAAAAAUCCACAAAAAAACAGUUACCCUGGGCUCCUCCCUGUCGCUCCGGAGCUUCGCAAGGCUGGGAGGCAACAUCUCAGUCCUGGACUUUACCAAUCUUGGAUCGGCUCUGUCCGUCCGCAGCGCUGCAAGACUGGGAAGCAGUAUUGAUUUUUUUGAAAAUUCUUGUAAUGCUCAAGUCACAUGGACAUGAGCACAAAAAUAUCUCAUGCAUAGACAGCAAAAGUUGAUGUCCAUUUUGAUAGACUGAUCGUGAUUUUUCGAAAAUUCCAAAUCAGGCUUGAGUGUUGCCGGAAGUGUCGUAUUCGGCGGUGCCAACAGCGUCCCGGUCUACUUCAAUUCCAACAAACAAGCCAACUACUUCAAGGAAGGGGUAUAAUGCUUUUUUUUGAACGACAACGAUCUUUAUUGUGCCUACUACUUACAUUUUUUGUCAUUUCUUGCGCCGCUGAAGUAGAGAAAUAGCUAUGGGCUCAUUUGCUUUGCGAUGAGUUUUUAUUUAUUCCCAAUCCUAAUUUAAAAAACAGACGUCCCCCAUUGCGUGGGAGAUGUGGCGCGAGCAGAGUUCAGUUUCUGGCCGGGCGAUCUCGUUCUACAGCGGGGUGACCGUGGCGGGAACCCACAUCGCCAGUAAUAUCUUCCACGGCACCUGGUCCAGUGACAGCGUGAUUUCCACCAUCUCCGAUCAACGGCUCAAGAAAGAAGUCCGACCGUUGUACGAAAGUCUGGCGGAAAUCAGGCACAGGUAUCAUACCGUAUGAGAUAGCAUUAUAGGAUUUUGGUUUCUUGUGUCAGGGUCAGGGAUAAAGAGAAAACCAGUUUCACCAUCCUGACCCUCGUGGUUUCCAAAUAGCAUACUGAAAUUCGUUUUUUGCCGUCUUGAUGCAAACUUGUUACACAAGACAAUCGUCCAUCCUUGUAAAAAUCUUCAUCAACAGGCGUCUGUCCUACCCGGUCGACUUACACUACAACAUGACCGACCUCCGGCCAGUGCACACUAACGUGACGGAAAUCGCGGUACCAGAUCAACAUAGUAUACAUGCAGCGAACGACCAACCAAGACCAACCACCACCUGGGUCGUCACCGAGAACCUCCCGAACGGAACCAACGUCACCACGAGGUUCGAUACCGAAAAGGAAGCGCUGAUGUACGAGGCUCUGCUCGAGUUCAAGGCCUUGAAGCCGGUGAGUUACCACUUGAAGCGCGACGUGGAAGCGAAGCAACUCUACUACGGGUUCAUCGCGCAAGAGUUGGGCGAGUUGUACCCAACGUUGGUGACCCAAACCGCUGCGGAUAAAUAUGGUAUUGUGCUGAGUUUUUUUUUCGCAAAUAAUUUACAAAUGCUCGUACUCCAUCUAGUGAUCUGCAUUCGGGGUGGAACUGUUGUGAUGUAGUUACAACAUGAAAUAAAUGUUGAAAAAUUUUCAAUUCCGUUUUAUCUUCCUCUACCCUCCCCUAUCACAGGUAUCCGAUACCAAGACAUUAUCGCGGUGCUGACCCUGAUGGUGCAGCAGCGCAUGCAGCGGCUCGAUAUCGUCACCACUCGGGUCGAACGGGUCACGGAGACCAUUGUCACCCACCAAGCGCCGCAGGUGCACGCCCAGGCGGAUAGACUCCGGGCGUUGGAGAAAGAAAUCGCAAAGCUGCGCCGCGACGAAACUGUCGAAAAGGUUGCCGAAGAGCAGCUGAGACGCCGCAAAGCCGCAAAAAGCGCGCAGAAAGGACUUGCGGAAGGAGGAAAGAAAUCCGGGUAAAGGAAGGAAAAAGCAAGAGUCAUCCUCUAGAAGAAGGGAUCGUAAAAAACAAGAAAACCUACAGGAGAAAAUUGACCGAAGGAAAAAAAAAAUGUAGAACAGACAUCGAAAAUGUAUGUUGAAGUUAUUCGAAAAAAAGUCAGUCAAUACAGUUCUUUAGUUCGAGCACAAUGAUCGCAAGUUGAGAAGACCUAAUUUCUAAACAAGCAGUAAGAAGCCAGUAAUAUUAUCACACAGAAAAAUCCUAAAUAUGUUACUCUUGUUUCGCUUUGACUUAAUUCUACUUGAUAAUUGCUAUGGAAGUGCAGUUGGCGGGUACGUCUAUUUCACAGGUUAGGUGACUAAAUUGAAGAUUACCAGAUACAACAACACCUUUCCUGGCAGUAGGCACAGCCAAUUUGCACGCUCCAAAAUAACACUCUGAUAGAUAGAUCGCACAAAUAAUUUUCUGAUGAAGAUAGAAGAUUGCGCGUUGAAGAAAAAAUACCUGUUCUCUCUAAACUUACUUCUCGUUUCGCAUUGACACUUUUCUGAUGAAGGUUUAGUUAGGUUUGACACUUAUAGCAAAAAAAUCACUUAAAUACGCAGGAAUAUCAAACAGUUUGAUUGAAAUUGACCCGUUUCGAGGAAAAUGUUUAUUUGCCAAAAUCCAGCAGCAACAGUCAGACUUUCUCAAUUCCUACCAAAACCAAAAGCACUACCAAAAUUCAUUUCUUUGACUAAGACUACCCAAAAGCUAUCCAAAAGAAGCACAUUGACCUACGGAGACCGCAAGCGACAAAUACUUUUGCCAUCUACGGAAAUAAGUAGCCAUACUCACUGCUAUUAGAGAUGAACAAGCUCUACUCCUCGGGCCGCGCUACUGCCAAUAGCCUGCUCGAGGGUCUGGGUUACAGAGCCAAAAAAAAGCACCGGGUUGAACAAGCUGUGGGGAAUUCCGUUGCUGCCAACUGCGGAGUUUCCUUUACAGGUUCGUCCAAAAUAUCGUGCUAUCUUUCCUUUACAGUUUCACCACAGCAGCCACGUCUGCUGUGGUAAACAGAUGGCUACGAAUCAUCAUUUAAGCGGAGUAGAUGAAUCGCAGAAAUUUUACAAAACGAAAACUGCUUGUCUCAGUCACGGUCAAAAGACAAUACCUCAACCUAAAAUUGCAUGUCACAACAACUCUUAACAGGUUUACAGAAAUAUUCUUGAAAUUGAUACAGAGACUACUUUUAUUUUGACUUGAUUCACAGGAUGAUACAGAAAUUGCGUCUCGCAGCAAGCAGCGGAGACCGAGUUUGUCUAAUAUUCUUAUUCACAGCAGUAGAAAAACAAAAAGCGAAAAUCAUCAGGCUAGGUAGUGCACGCAUGUGUGCGCUUGGUGGGGUCUUGCGCUGCAGGUGCAUGAUCAUACUCCAGGCCUCCUUGCGUUGUACUAGUAUCACUGGUCUUCCCAGAUGACGCUCGGCUUUUCUUUCUAUCAAUUCUUUUCAGCCAAAGUAAGUACUUAAAUGCUUUCUAGGACAAAGCAAACUGUGUCACAGUUAAAAGACGUGAACG